AUGAAGUUGACGCUGGGAAAUCCACCAAUGAAAAUGCCCGCAUUCUUCCUCUCUUUUGUUUUUUUAGUCGUCAACUAUCCGCUUCACCUAGACCGUACUCUACCUCGACAGGGUUCGAUCUACUUCCUCGUCGUCAUGCCCCGAACCCCGACGAAGAGGUCAGCGGGAGCUGAAAUAAGCACAAGUGUCCCACCAGUCUCCGUUCUAGCGAGCGUCUCCGAACACACAAAGGUCAUUCCACCGGCCACAGAUCGCAGGAUUAAGACGGACUUGCUGGCUCUUGAAGUUCCCACGACGCAUGACUGUACCACAAAGGAUCAAAACUGCGCGACCGGAACAGUGGGCCGUGACCCGCUGCCAGCAAAGUCGAUGGCUCGAAAGGAGCGCGGAAAGUGUGCUCGCAGCGCUGGCGGCAGCACCAUCAACGACGCCGACUCCACGCAGCCGUCGAAAGUCGAGAAGAGUGCAUCCCCCCUGACACAGGCUGACAGGGAAUCUCCUGGAAGACCUACGCUCACAAAGACCGUUAAAGUCAAGAAGACGGUCAAUGCUGAGAAAGUCCGACUCAAAACUUCACCGGAAGUGCCGAAAGAGCAGCAGCAGCAGAAGAAGGCCAAACUGCCAGCAAAGGAGGGCGAUGCGGAAGAGGUGAUGCAGCAGUCGAUAACCAGCGAAUGCGGCGUCUCCUCCACCUGUUUGGAUCCUCCGGCAGGGAAGGAACAGGUGAAUGCUGCCACGGAGUCUCCACCUUCCCAGUCUCCGCCGUCAUUCCAGUCUUGUCCUCCGUCUCCCUCACCACCGGCCGAGACCGGAGGGUGUGAAUACUCAUCAGGUGCUCAGGACGAAAAAGGCGCCAACAACUUUGUGGUCUCAACCACGGACGAGCCUCUGGCCGUCAAUUGCAAUCCUGUCGUCUGUAGGCGACUGAGCGAGGCGUCUGAGCCGAAUGGAUCCACAAAAGACACCGAGGCACAGGUUGCACCGCCCACACCCAGCACCAUCGCUGAGGACAUGGGCACUAACCUGAUUGUGAACUACCUUCCACAGAACAUGACGCAGGAGGAAAUAAGAAGCCUCUUUGCCAGCAUCGGUGAGGUGGAGAGCUGCAAACUCAUCCGGGACAAGACUACAUGUGAGUUGGAAAGUUGAACUUACGCUGUGAAUACGCAAAUACUGAUCCGUAUGACAAACAACUGCGAGGGGUUUGGGCCAUCAGUAGGUCCGCCAGUCUAUCCCCAUGCCGAUUUUCUAUGUUGGGCUUUUUGGUCUCCUCGGAAAUUAAUUUGCGAAUUUUGAGUAGUCAUUGAAAGGGUUAAUACACUUUUCUUAAAAUGGAAUUAAAUCAACUGCUGUUGGCGUGUAGUUUAGUCAUGGUGGUUGUCGGAUAAAAACGUAUUAACCACUUUCCAACCGCAAAACUGCGAUUUAAGGACGUUCUGAUUCUGCCUCAGAAGCAAAUCAUCGGGACUUCCGUCGAUAUCGACGUUUGCGUCGUAUUUUCGAUAUGAAUAAUUGAAAAAAGUAUUUUCUGGAAAAAAGACUUUCCGAGUUCAUGAGCAUUUUCAAAAGUUCCAGUUACUGCGACAACAUUAUUGAUUUGCCUAACGAAUAUCCAUACAAGACAAGGUGCAUGAUUUGCCGCCUUCCAACCAGAGCACGUAAAAUCAGCCAAGUUUUUUUGGAUUUGGAGUCAAGUGCUCGACCAGUGAUCCACAGCUGCUUGUCCUGCGUUCUACGAUCUUGAGUAUUUAGAGUCAGACACGGGUGUUGGUCAGUUACCUUUCGUCGCAUGAAAACUAAGUAUGGCCGCGGGAAAACUAGCACAGUGCCCACGAGAGCGGUCCAAUCCCAGUGAUUUGGAGACCCUCAGAAAGUGUUUUUAACAUAUUCCGGAGGAUGAAGUGGGUAAUAUCUGCCCAUGUGAAUAGGACCUCGAAUUUUUGUCUAUCGAACUGGCGAUCGAAGCAUAAAUAAGUACUCAGAUAAAUACUACUAUUUCAAAGCUACAGUAGAUGGGAUGUCUCACGAAAUGUUGACUGAAAUUAGGAAAUAUGUUUUACAUUCGAUAAGGUUACUUAAGCACAGCUGUCAUGUUGAAUAGCAUGCAGGUCAAUCGUAAAACCUUUCAGGCGCCCCAGCAUGGCGGCUUUUGAAUAAGCUUAUGUUUCGCCGUCUGCUAUAGUCAUUCUCUGAAAAAUGGCUACUUUGGCGGUAUGAAUUUUUCUCAUUCUCUUAUAAACUCUUAUAUAUCACAUAGAAGUCAUCCAUAAAAAUAUUGUCAAUUGCACUCAUUUUGUAGCGAAUUACGCCCCUUCUAGAUUUUCUACUUGAAGAGAAAGAAUCUUUUGGUUUUAAAGAAUUUUCUAAUUAUGGGGUUUUAUAAGACCGUGAAAUGUCCAUUAAUGCAGCAUCACAUCAGUUCGUUUAUUAACGCUAAUUAUAAAGCAUACAUUAUGUUCCACAUCUAUCGCGAAAUUUUAUGAAUCCUCUAUGAUAUCUUGUUAAUAGCACGUUAGGAUACAUGGUUCUCCUCCCACGGAAAGUAUGCAGCUUGUACACUGGGAACCCUGAACGCAAAUGCAACGGCAUUUCGGACUCAAAAUUAUUAUGGAGUAAAAAAAAACCUCUUAAAAAACAAAAAAUAGCCUUUCUUUAAGUAGACAAUUUGGAGAAGACGCAUUUCGCCUCCAAUAACUUGCAAGAGAAAAUAUUUUUGUACAGGUUUUUUAAAUAAAAUAUGAUUCAAAAAGCAAUUUGGCAAGCAUAUGUCUGCUUUCGAUAAAUUCUCUUCAGGCCUGGACAUUUAUAUGGCUAUUAAUGAUCGGUCCUAUGCGCACGGAAGAAAUUCAUACAGGUCUCACAGUUUCCAUGGGUCAAAGCCACCAUUCCAGCUACACGCAUGUAAUUACCUUCGCCGGGACCCACCUUCUCCCUGGCACUGACUGGAAUUGUGGUGUUUCACUCUCCCCCUCCUCUCCCCUCCCCUCCCCAUACCCGAGCUACAGCUUAAUUAUCUACGUCCCCGCAUAUUUUUCAUUACCUGAAUAGCCAUAUAAAUGUACAGGCCUGAGGAUAAUUUAUCGAAAGCAGACGUAUGCUCGCCAAUUUUCCUAUUGAUAUUUACAAUUGGAAUUUUCGCAACUCUAAAAUAUGAUUCACUUUAUGAGGAUAUCGAAAAUCAAUGGGAAAAUUCAUGUUGCCUCAUCAGUCAUUUUUAUCAGAAUGUGCUUUUUUCAGACAGCCAAACACAACCUCAUUCAAAGGCCGGUAUCCCAACUUGACUGAAAUAUCUUAAAAUAGGGCUGCAUGCCAGCUGUUAUUACAAUCGUACUUAAGUACGUUUUCGAAUCAAAGACAUAUGAGAUUGCACAUCUACCAUUUUAUCGAUUUUUGCAGCUGUGUUAUAUGGCCGAUUGGGCUGUCGGAAGUGACGGACUCUAGAUAGAAAUUAAGAACCAAUAUUACGCUCUCCAAUCAGGAAAGUUAGGAAAACAGUAGUUUUACUUCCUAGGCCAGAAGCCGGGCAUUUUUUCAUCUGUCUGAGACAUUUGGUCAAUACAAAUUAAGUGCUGGGUUGGUGUGGGUAAAGUAAGCGCAUGUGCCAAUACACAUGAAUUACACAGUUCACCAGAUAAAUGCGAAAUAUCUUCAUGCCUUUGUUUUCUAUAAGUGGGAGGACUUUCCGUGUGCAUAGAUGCUAAUUACUAUUCGGAGCAAUGAAGUUCCGGGCGUCAGAAGUCUUCAAAAUGGGGGCGGGUAGACUAAAAUUGUAUAAGAGCCUGAGAAGGUAAGUUAAGUAGACUUUUCAACGGUCCCUACCCUUUUCGGUAUACUGCUACCCACACGGACAGCCAGAAACCUAGAAUAGGACCCAGGACAAAAUAGAUCAGUGGACACCAUAUACAGGUCAUUAAAGUGGUUUCGUGUGCAACUUCUUGUUAAACUUUGGAUCUAAUCUAGGGGACGCAAGCGACUUCACUUCUGAGGUGCUCACCGGCUUUGGUCCAAAACUAUCUACCAACUUCAAUCGCGCACCUCUUUCGACUAUAUUUUCCAACAUAACAGUCUUGCGCCUCGGUUCGUGCCUUGUUCAAAAAAAUAUGUACUCAAUUUUCUUUGGCAUAGGCAUGUGCGUGACUCCGAGGAGAAACAGCUAGAAUUAAGCCCCUGCUUGGUGAACCAGGCGGACACACAGAUCUUCCAGAAAUUAAGCCCGCGCUUCAGGCCAAGACGGCAAGCCGUUUUACUCCUCCCGGAAUUUUUUCCAUUCAAAGAGAGUAUUGGAAUGCGUUGAUUUAUAGCUGCUACCGUCGGUUUUCUGAAGCGAAUAACAUGCGCGACCGUCACGCUUGGCUGAGAGAGGCGCAACGAAAUUUGCGCUCGGACGCCCCCCCCCCCGAUGCAACACCUGCUCUAUGUGCGCCCUAGGCCCGCCUAGGGCGUUCCUCUUCCAACGCCCCCCAUUUACCCCGUCUAGUGAACAUCCGCUCCCCCCCCCCUUCGAGGACAAGGCAGGCAAUGCACCCCUAAGAGGAUGUCGAUGGGUAGUCGGUUAAAAUCUAUUCCAUUUGCAAACAGGACUGCUUUCCUGCACUAACAAGUGCAAAUACCCGACAUAUAGGACCGAGCCGACUUCGUGCAAAGCAGACAGGAGCUUGGGUUCCAUACUUAAACACAGCUCAAAGUCUACUGAACACUUCUUCCGGAGUACUGGUCACAGAAAUGGCUUUUAGGUGCGAUGAUUAAAUAUGUGUGGUACUAGCACCAUAGCUAUAUUUCGGGAUUACUACAAACUGCACACCAGCUUACCCUCGCAUAUUGAACCGGUAAAUUCUCAAAACUAGCUGAAACUUAGGAUCACUUUUUUUCAAAAUCGAUACCUUAUGUUCAUAACUACUUUCUGAAUUGUUCUAAUUGAGAGUUAUAUUAAGAAAGAAAAUGGAGUUUAGACAAGGAAGUAGGUAUAUAUUUCAUUACUUCCUUCAAAUGUUAAAAAAGGCAACCAUCCCCUUGGCCAGUUAACCGUAAGAAACGGGUCAUACUCAUUGAGUAUGAAAGAAAAGUUUACUUUUUCGAUUUUCGAAAAUGAUUUUCAGUUUGUCCCCAGGCGUACGGGCAGUGUGCGAAAACAGUUAGCCUUAGGUGUGUUUAACAAGAUAUUUGUGAUUGCUUGAUGUUCGCACGGACAAGCGCCAAGAGUUUUUGCUUAUCUGAGUUUCUUUCCUUCGGUUCACAAUUUUAAUUGCCCAAUAGUCCUUUGGGUCUCACAUCGUCAUUUCUCUCGUUGAAGAUGUCGGUACGGAAGGUGAAUAAGUCCAGAAUUGGCGUUGGGUCGAUAGAAAUCAGUGCUAUCUGAGGGCUUAAACACCACAUUUUCCUCGGUCCAAAACCAUAACACGUAACUGUCAUCAAGAUUAAGCUGCAGGACGUGUCGAUGUAAAAAAAACCGACCUGCGGUUUUUAUUUAACGGCAAACUACAUUAAUUAUUCGCAAAACAUAAGGACCUGUCCCAAUUCAUGUGUGGAACUUAAAAGCAUGUAAAUCUAGUAGAGGGGGUGUGCACCGAGCACGUUACGAAACUCACUCGUCCGGCUGUGCCUUGGGGUUCCCCUUAAGUUAUGCCAGCAGCUCCACAGCGGUGCAUCAUGCUGGCAGAAUAACCACCGAGAAAUACAAGAGAGUCUGAAAUGUAAGUCCCAGAUUUACUAGCAGUCAUCAGCCGGGCACACUUAACUCCAGGUUUGCAAUCCCCAAAGCUCCGACCCGCGUUUUGUUGGUUAUAUUUAAAAGAAGACGAAGACACGAUCACUGGGACGGUAGCUUUAUUGGUCUUAGCUUUUUAACUCGAACAGGAAUUCAGCAUCAGAAACUGUUAGAGUGCAGCAACGUGUGAACAUUUAUAUGUUGUACCGUGAGGGGGGGGGUUACAUCCGUGGCUAGGUCUGGUUCGUGCCGCCUGGUCCACAAUGGUCCCCCGGCGUCAUGACGGCGUUCGUCCUUCGCGGCCAUGUGAGCUGCGCCAUCUGGCUGCGUGGACGGAGUGCGUGAUAACCGUAUAAAUGUUCACACGUUGUUGCACUCUAACAGUCUGCUCGAGUUCGAAAACUAAGACCAGUAAAUUAACCGUCCCAGUGAUCGUGCCUUCGUCUUCUUUUAAAGAAGAACCUAGGAUGUCCCUUGUUCUCUUCCAUCUGUGUGGGUUAUAUGUCCAUCACUCUAACCAGUGAGCCAUGGGCUCGCUGUCAUGUCGGCUGCGAUCAGGUAUAUUAGCCGACAGGACAACGGACCCGUGGCUCAAUUUUUAGAACGCUUGACAUCUAACCAGCAGACCGUGGAUUCGAGAUUCAGGUGCCACAAAGCUGAAAUCGAAUAUGACUGUUUGAUUUGGACUUGAUCCCGCCCGGGGCAGUCCGCUACUAUAUCAGAUUUGGUGGAGCCUGGACGUUGCAGUAGACUGGACGGCUAACGUAACCCAAAUGGGAUGAAACUCACAGCUCCCGAUGAGGCCUCGUAGAUCAGGUAGCUUGAGCGCUAGCUGUACCAAAGCCUUUCAGUUACUGUCAUGGGGACGACUUAUAAGCCAGAAGAGAUCAUUUCAAUAUCCCAUGUCUUUGUUGAUAGUCCUUCUCCCUGCGUAUAUAGGCGUUUCGAACUUUCGUGUAAGUCCGCCCUCAAAAACUUAAUGAUGGCACAAUUCACUGCAUCUUCAAAUCACGGCUGUCAGAAAUCUGAAAUCGGGUGUCAUUUACUAAGCAAAAUGUUACUGUCGCCAAGCCAAAGAUGUUGUUGAAUCCGGCAAUCAGGUCCGCACGAGACUGUCCACUUACGUGCUUGCAGUGAGAGCGGAAUGCAAACUUUCCCUGGUAGAUGUCCGCUUGCUUACCUCAGGACACAACUUAGUUUCAGUGUCUGAGAAUCUAAGCAAGCCGGAUGACUGGGUAUCGCGUCUACAACGGGGAAAAGCAGACCUCGACAGAGGAUUCGGUCAGUGGAUUAUUGAUUUGUCUGCCGCCUAACAAGAGCUGCUUGAAUGAGUCAAGAACACGGCCAAAAAUCAUUUUCGAUUGACUUUAUUUAAAUAUGUACUUACAUGAGAGUUUGAAACGUCGGAAUAUUUAUCAACCGGGUCCAGAGACGCCUCCACAACUUCUUCUAUUGAACUGCCUGGGCAUUGCGUGCUUUUUAUUAAUGUGGUUUUACCGUACUUCCGACGUAAUUGCUAGGUAAAAGUCAAGACACGUGUUUCACCGAUAUUCUGCUAGGUGUUCGGCUCAUCAGCGAGUCCCGCAGUUUUCCACGUGGUUUCUGGUAUAUUUACUGCAGAAAAAUACCAAACAAAUAAUUUCGAAAUUAAUAAGAGCAUGAUUUGAAGUCAAAUGUCCGGGGCAUGGCGUUUAUGUAUAUGAAUAUAGAUGCCUGAUAUGUUUAUAUAUGCAUAUACGUGGUUUGUUCGAAACAAGUUCUCAGAAGAGUAAACGAGCACAUUUGUAGUUUCGUUUAUCGGACAUAUAUUCAUGACCACUAGUAAAGCUGUUAACUUUAUGAAGUUUGAAAUGCAGUACAAAAACAAGUGAAUGUCAAAGAAUACCUAAUGGAGAAAAUGAGCCAAAUAUUUUAUAAACCAAAGCUGAACACCAAGUUUUUAAAAUUUACGGAUAAGAUUUCUGGGCUUUAAUUUAUGCAUCAUGUUUCUGCCAGUCCGUAGCGAGUUCUUCUAUCGCAAUGAUUUUAGGACGUGUGAUUCCUUCUUGUCAAAAAGUAACAAAUUUUUUAAGGUCUCUGUUACUAUCCUGCUAGUACAAAACUGUUAACAGGUUCUGCUAGUAUAGAUUUAGAAGGCAAAACUGAUUUGGUGCGACUGCCGAAGUUAAAUUCUCGCAUAAGGUGGGGUACACCAUAUUCAUCCUAAUUACAGACCAAACGUCUGGAGAGUUUUUGAGAGAAUUUUAUUUGAAUAACGCACCACUCGGGAGAAGAAUAAGCUUCUUCAGAGUAUGUAGCGGAGCUCCCAAAAACCAGAUGAAGACCACAAAUAAGGAGGUAAAAUUAAUGGGAAUGGAAUAAAAUCUUAAAACAUCUUUUGCGUCAUUAGACUUUAAAUUUCUUCAGAAUCGGCUUUAUCCAUUUACUCAAAAACGUCACAAAUCUAGUACCACAUUAUUCUACGGCUAGUUCUCAACACUUAUUAAUAGAAUUCUGCUAUUUUGGUACAUAUAGUAGGUGAGCUAACUCAUGAAAUGCCAACCGAAAUUCUGAAAUGCGUUUACGUUCGGAAAAGAUUAAUUACGUAGGGUUGUACAACUAGUCAACAUGCAACAUAAUUCAAUAUUUUUCGUCAGGAUGUCGGUUUUCGAAUGAACUUCCUCCGGCCGCAUGCAAAAACUACACUCUGUAAAAAACGAAUAUUUAUGCAGCAUGAAUUUUUCUCAUUGAUUUUCGAUGUCCCCUAAAAAUCCAAUUAUAUUUCAUGGGAAACAUGCAUAAAAAUAGUCAUUCCUUUGCUCAUUCGGUAAAAAAUUAAGCCCUCUUUAAUUUUAUACUCGAAAAAGCGACAUAAUUCGGUUUUCUAAAGGUUCUACUUGUGGGACUUCAGAUACCACGAAAUGGCCGUUCAUAAAUCGUCAUUUCUCGGCAUUUACCAAUGUGGCUUGUAAAGUUAGCAAUAUGUAUAUAUAUAUAUAUAUAUAUAUAUCAAAUCCACUGAACCCUAUAUAGUCCCCCGUUAGUACCGUAUAGAAAUGUGUGGUUUUUCCUACGCGUAAAAUAUACGGCUUGUAAUUUGGAAACCCUGAAUCCAAAUGUCACGGUAGAGCGGGUUCAAAAUUAUUCGGGAAUUAAAAACGUUUUUUAAAAUCAAAUUAAGCCCUUCCUUUGAGUAUGAGAUUGGAAGAAGACGUAAUUUUCUACCGAAUGCGUAAAAAAAUGAAUAUUUUUAUGCAUGUUUUCCAUGAAAUAUAAUCGGACUUUGAGGGCCAUCGAAAAUCAGUGAGAGAAAUUCAUGCUACACAAAUAAUCAUUUUUUACAGAGUGUAGUUUUUCAUGCAGCCGGAAGGAAGGUCAUUCGAAGACCGGCAUCCUGGCGUAACUGACACAUUAUAGAAUUAUUUAACAGGCUGACUAGUUUUACAACCCUACUCAAUUAAUCUUUUCGAAACGAAAGCGCAUGUAGGAAUUUCAGUUAAAAUUUCCUGAGUUAACGCACCUACUGUAAGUGCCAGUGAUAACUACUUGUGGUAUUAUUUGCCGUUUUAGGAGUCUAAAAUUUUAAAACGAGAAGGUUUUCAGGAGAAAACCUCAUGAACCUUUCGAUUACGCCUAAACGUCCGGCAGCAUUGAAGCAAUUGCUGCAGGGCAGACUAAAUUGUAUUCUAAGUCAAUGCUUGAAAAAAACGAAGAACAAAGGUUGUUACGUGGCAGAAAUGCGGACUAUGUCUCCAAAUGUAGCUGCGAUUCCAGGCUGAUUCAGGGUAAAUAUGGCAGAUUAUUUUGUGGGACACGGAAAUGGGUGUCUGCUGUAUCACAUGCGGCCUUGCGCCAAAUUCUAAAGGUGGGGGACGGAGGUUAAGUUUAGGACAUCGGAAUAGGUUUCGUCCGGGAACUUAGCGCAGGACCGCCUGUCCUGCGUGACACACACAUUUUUUUAAAAAAAUAUUAAGGUGUUCGGUAAGUAACAGCAGUUGUUGCCACUACGAAAUAUAGGUCAACCAACUGUUGCUUCUCUGAUGACUGGUUUUUGUCAUCAUUCAUCACAACCUUUUUGGAUCUGCUUCACCUCAAAGUCCCAGAGCCUUGCCGCAAAAAUGUAGUGCGUUACCUUUAUUUAAUCACAAACGUCCGACGUGAACUGGAGAAGACAUGCAACGAAGGAAUUUGGGUUCAACAUCAGCUUGCAACUUAGAUUUGAAUACAAUACAGCAAUCUUCAAGCAAGAAAUAACAACCUGCCAUUUCUACAUCGCGCUGUUAACUGUAGAAGUAAAUGCGCUUUGCGUCGCAAUGUGAAGGCGGUGUCAACUUCGAACUUUGAAUCCCAUCCUCAGAAAUAUCUGCUGUGUGUUUUAAUGAAGCCUAAAAAGCACCACUCAUUUUAAACUACUGGAAAAUGGCAUAAUCAUGUCGGUUGCGGAUGUCCGCUGAAGACAGACCCCUCGUGUACAAUGAGAAUUACAUCUGAUGUGUCCUGUAUUGGAGGGUCAUACGUCACCAACGAAAAAGUGAAAUCGUUAGGAGGUGGAGUUCCUUUACAUCCUCCGCAUUCACCUAACUUAGCACCCAAUGGACUACCAUCUGCUUCGAUCACCAGAACGCUUUUUGGCAGGUAAAACAUUCAGAAAUAUAAGGGAAAGUUGGAAACAGGGUUUACGCUUUUCUGAAAUGAGUCAACCUUCUUUAAUCAUAGCAUCACAAAAUUAUUUUCCCUUUAGGUUUCUAUCAUUGGCCAUGAUGGUGGUGAUCAGGUUUUUAAUUGAAAUAUCCAGACAGACGUUAUGUGCAUUCGUUUUUAUUACCUAGUAAAAUACAAUUGCUUUCUGAAAACCCUAAUACAUACACGGACGACGUGAUAAUUCCGACAUAAAUAGGGCAAUAAUUCUAUUUUUUUCUUUCUGCGAAAAUACUAACCUCUGUUGUAAGUCGAAAAUCGACGUCAUGUAAAGCUCUUUGCAGAAAAAAGAAUUUUUAGGCGAUAUUGCCCUAUAUGUCUGCGAACGUCGCCCACUGACAGACAACAAGCUCCUGUAUGCAGCUAUACCAGAUGUGAUUGAUAAUCAAUGUUAUAGCUCAAUUUGAGACCUUUCCCUAAUGAUGAAAUAAUCAAGCAUGCGCGCUUUUACUUUUGACGACGAUAUUUGGCCGUACAUGGAACAAAACGUUAUCGAGCACUUCGAAGAAAUCUGAAAAAAUUGAUAGAAUGUUCAUGGCAACAGCAGUUUUGUAGACUUUUUGGCCUAUAGCAUCCCUUAUCGUAGAGCAAACGUUUGUGGGCCUGAUAAAGCCCAAGUUCUUGGCAUCUCGCAAGGGAUACGAAACAAAUUUUGACGUCAGCCGACUGCAUGAUUUCUACAGACAUAAAAAGCCAUUGGCUGAAAGAAGGACGGGCUUCCAUGCUAUCUGAAUAGAUUAAGGUAUGGUCGGUAGAUCGUUCAGUAAGGAGGAGGACGGGCUUCCAUGCUAUAUGAAUAGAUUAAGGUAUGGUCGGUAGAUCGUUCAGUAAGCCUAGGUAAAUGUGUUUAGUUUUAUCUACAAGCGAGUUUUUCAAGAAAACCGACUACAACAUUCAUUACCAACCUUUUAUUCUCUGUAGUAAGGCUUUAACACCAUAUUCACUAUCAUUUAUACCUCCGCUUUUAAGUAUCUUUCAAUUCACAAUAAUUAUUCAAAGUUCAUAUUGCCUGGCUACAUUUCAGACUGCAAACUACAAAACCUGUCAAUAAUUUUACUGCAUGACUUUAAAUUAUGGAGUCGCGGAACCGUCUACCGUGCGAUACACAAUAACCGUCUUGCAAUAUUGAUUUUCAUUUAUGAAACAAUGGCUCUUCGCAAAAAUAAUGUUUAAAUGCAAUCCAUGUUUUUACUUCGUCUUCUUUUCGCAAGCUUUGUUUACUAAAAUCGGGAAAGACUCUAUAUAAGUUUGUGCUUCAGACGAUUCUUCGAGUUCCCGGUUUAAAUUAAUGCGUUAACUUAUUUGAUUUGCUGGUUAUAAGCCUGAAUUGGACGUCGACAAACUCCCAAAUAUUAUCUUAUGGUUUACAAAAGAAUCAAAAUUCCGUUCCAAAUCGAUAAUUUAUUUAUAUGUUUAAAUAUAUUUAGCUUAAGUGCUUAAUGACGUAAACUUCAGCCCGAGCUAAAUAAUAUACGGAAAUGCGCAGAAUUUUGACGGAAAAUUCCUUUGGAAAUCUCUUGUAGUUUUGAUCGAAAAAAGGUCUUACUCAAUGAACGACUUUUCCCCGUCAGCUUUGGAUACUUUUACAGAGUAAAUGAUGUCUAAAAAGAAUAUUUCGCAAAUCUUUCUCGUUUAAAAUUGUUUUUGGUUAAUGGAUUUACCUGAAGUGUUCGGAAAUUAUGAAAACAAACAUCAUUGUUUUAGACAAAAUGGCAAUUUAAAUACCUGUCACGUCGACACAGAUUCUGUACUGGAAAAGUCACUAAUAUCGCAUGGCACGCGAUGCCAGCCUACUGGUCGUGACAAUCCGGGACAUCAUAAAGACUAUUUUACCAUAAAAUCUCAGAAUAUACUGAAAGCACGGUUUCUUUUUAGUAUAAGCGUGACUUUUUGCGUGCUUUAGCCUCAGUUUAAAGGCCUUUGCAACAUAAAAGCUCACAUUAGCGUAAUGGUACGCUAUACCGUGCAGGCUCCCGUAGGUCAGGUUAUCUUACCCAGGUUGUUUUUUUAUGAAAGUCCCAUCAACAAACGUCAAAACUGUGACGCUAAAAUGUAUGUUUUCUUUCAAAAGACGAAAAUAAUUUAAAAUAGCCGCUAAUUGGUAGACUACAAUAUUCAGUGUGUUCGAGUCGUCAGGGCGGACGGAGACCUCACAGGCUCAUAUCGGGUAUACACUAGCGUCCAAUGGCAUUUGAUGACUGAUGACUAUGAAAUAACAAGCCAUAUGUCCUUGCCUUCGUCCAUAUAUCUUGUCAACUUUUCCUGACAGAAAAUUGGUCUAAUGUCGUGUGUACGCAAACCACACAUGCCGCGUUUUUUUGCUGUACCUGCGGUAUUGGUGAAUAGCAUUCACUUCCGUCUUCAAAAUGAGAACAUGGUCUUUUUAAUAUGGCGAGUAGACAAAAAGUCUAAAAAUGUCAGCAAUUGGUACUAAUGCAUUUCACGAAUAAAGGCGAACGUUCGAGUUCUAGGUGCAUGUAUACGUAAAGAAGAAAAAUAAUCGGCACCAACAUAAUCGGGCUGCGCAACGAGGCGACGCCUUAUUAAAAUUUGGCUGCCGACACCCACAAAACGGGUUAUGAGUUUGACUUCACAACCACCAAGAUAAUCACCCACGCCGGAAACAAACCAGGCCGAGAAUUGAUUGAAGUCUGGACCACGGAUGAGAACUCAGUCAAUCAAUUUAUCGAUCUGGCACCGACGUACAGAGCCCUGCACAGUCACCUCCAGUCUUGCGCUGCCGGUCUAUGACUGACUUACACCGCCUAUAACUGCCCUUUGUUCUAUUGUUGCUACUGUCGCUGACGAUGGACUCCUGCACGAUUUCGAACGCUCAGAACAAUAAGCAAAAUGUUCCGAUGCCCGACUACCCUUCUUCCUCACUAACGCCUUUCUCCAAGUCAUGUGUAGUGAACUUGUGGAAAUUCAAAAGGCUCUAAAUAUGAAUAGAUGAACAGUGCAGGAUGGUUUUCGCGACCGUAGCAUUCCUCAAGUAAUGGCGUAAAUCACGAAGAGGACAUUUUUAGUUGGUUAGGAAUAGCGAAAUAUUUACAAUGACUGCCUGGAAGAACAAAACGUGAAAUAAAACACAUCAAGAACAAUGGUUUGUUUACGACUCCCGAAAGCGCAAUAAAUGUUGGCUACAAUUUUGGGACGCAUAAUAACAUCCAUAAUAAAAGGCUAUAGUGAUCUCCUCUAUCCAAAACGAUCGCAAACACAUUAAAUAGUAUUUUAGAGACGCAUUUUAAUGGCCGACGCAAGGACUGUUAAUGUCAGUUGGGCUCAAAUUCAUAAAAAUUGUUACAUAGUAACGAUGCAGCGUAAUAAAAAAACCGGAGAACCUUUGAUCAGGCCGAAACAAUCGAGCACAUAUUAACUAACAAAAAACUUUGCCAACCAGCCUAGUCAACUGCACACCAAACACGACGCUAGAAGUUCACACCUGACAACAAACGUUUUUUGGUCGCAGGAGCUUUUUUACUGUGUAGUCUGUCGUUACGCAUAGAAAUUAAAUCAUCACAGGGAAAUAUUUUCGGACAAAAAUUGGAAAUAUUUGCCGGAUUUUUAAGCACGUGCGGUUGCAAUCCAGCAUGUGUUUUUAUUUUGAUCUUGCGCGAAAUUUUUGUAACGUUUGCAGCCGAAGGAUUUCAAAUGUCGUUUUCACUUACUAGCUGUGAUGGUUUAAGUUCCUUGGACCGAUACUUAAUUUUGUGACAAUAGAUUGCUUUUUCGAUUGACUGCCCCGCUGGAGUAAGGAUAGCGUCUGAUAGUCUAUUCGAAAUUCACGGAUUGUCUUUGGAAGUGACAAUAAACGUUAGAACGAGGAAGAGGAAGGGACUACAACACACCAUAGUUGUAUUGGCUCGUCUUUUCCAAUUAGAUCAAACCCUUAAAAUCUGACAGGAUUUUACAAUAGCUCGUUGACGUACGUGUGGGAUGUUGGCGUUAACUAGGAAUUCAUAUGACAUAGUGGACUGAGUACGUGUGUAAUUAAUCCAAGGCACUGGGAAGAAAAUAUGCCAACAUGCUACUUCUUACAUUUCUGAGUGAAUUCUCCGUUUUAAUAUGCCUAAUGUAUGUUGUCCUUUCGGUUGUGACAAGACUAUCAGGUUUGUAAAUGCAAAGCGCGGGCCUAAACUAAAGCCUCGUGAGGACUUUCGCGAUAUUGCAUUAGCUUAGAGAUGGGCACACUGGUUUGGGUUAUAAUCGCCAGUCUUUAAGAUGCUUAAAAGUCACAAAUCAUGUAUGCUGUAUCAAAAAUAAAGGUAAGGUGCCUACUGCGGUCCUAGUAUUUUAAUGAAAAUAAUGUUUUGCUGGAGUUCAGUCUCAGAUAUUUGGAAUUUAAGUGCGCCCUUCCGUCAGCUUUACCCAGAGCCUCUCAUUUGUGAGCAGAUUAAGGGCGACACCUCAAACUCUUAUAAUGUGCUGUUCACUUGAAGAGAAUUGUUAAAAAGGAGGUUAACGACGGCUAAUAAUCCAGAAAGGGUCAUUUCAGUCUCCCAUAUCUGUUUACAUAUACCACACGCCGCUGUGCGGCUGCUGGCGGGGCUCAAGUGAGAGCUCCCAUGCACAUCGGGACGAGUGAGUUCCGUAGCGCGAUCGGUGAACGCCUAUCUGUCAUUGUAUACACCCGAUCGCAACUGACAGAACACUAAGCCCGUGGCUCGGUGGUUAGGGGCGUUGGACUUCUAAUUAACAAGUUGUGGGGUCGAGACCCAGGUUUUUCGCACUUCGGGGUUGGGUAUGACUGGCUGCCCAGUCUCCCUGGUUUUUGUCGAAAAUGCUAUUUCGCCGAUGAAACAGGUGCUGACACCUUCUUCUCUGCUGCCUGUAUCAUCUCGGCUAAAACUGAGAUUGUCCUACAUUUCCAACCUACCUGACUUCUAGUUUGGUGGCCGUCAGAGAUAGAGUUUCCUGCAUAUGAGCAGUUACAGUCAGUGACCAAUCUUAUGAAAUGUCAGCUGAACUUCUGAAAUAGGUUACCAAUUAGGAAGGAUUAUUUGUAGUGUAGGUAGGUAGGCUGGCUGACGAGGGAUAACAAGACAGAAGUGUGCAUUUCGAUCUCCCUAGUCUUUGUCAGCAACACCACCCUGCCUAUACUUUGAUUGAAAAAUGUCAAAUAUAGCAAAACAGCAGACACUAGGACUACUUUCCAAAUUAUUACAACGAUAUUUUAUAUGGGCAUCAGCUACUCACCAGUCUCAUGAACUGCAACAGAUCCAUAGAUUAGAAUUUGGCCUUUCCACUUUAUCUGCAUAUCCUAUCCAGAAAAGUUUGCUUGAGGCUUCACAAGCGCCAAAGUGCAUCUAUUCCUGCCCGCCCCAGUCAACGCGAAAGUUCAACAUUCGUUAUUGGUACCUCACUGCGACAACCAAAAAGCAGUGGAAAUAAGCCGUCGAGGGCGGUGAAUUCCGCCCUCUUUGCAGACUAACUCUGAACACAUAUUUGGACCAGAUGUGGUUAGGUAGCCCCACCUGAUGUUAACAGACCCCAGCCACCUGUAAUACGGGACCGGUGCUAAUGGGAGAUUUUACAGGUAAGGUCGGGGAACGCAAUGGCAACGAGUUCUAGCAGCUAUAUGCAAAAGAAACGCCAUUGGGAAUGCGCGGCUGUACUGUGAGGGGUUGAGAAAUACUUGCCUUACCCCUAACCCCAACCCCAACCCUAACCCCUGACCUCAGACCCAACAGUAUUGUGUCCAUCAGGUGGGGCUACAUAACCACAUCUUACCCUUUCUUCUCGAGAUGCCUCGGCAAUAUAAUGAUUUCGUUCUUUGUUGACAGAUUAGGACAUUCUGCGUUGGGGCAGGCAGAGUGGUUCAGUCUGUUUUCAAGAGGUUGCGGUGUGCCUAACGUAAAAGAUAACCUAGGCCAAUUCCUACAGAGUGCUGUACGGUGGGAUUCCCCUUAUAACUGAGUCCCACCCUUUUUUCAACAUCGUUUUCUUCUCAGGUUCAUGUUGUACUAUUAGAACAGUAAGAUCAGACAAACGACGCAUUUCAGUUUUUAGCUGUUUAGUUUUACUUGUUUCGUAAAAACGAUCGGUGCUCGUCCCUCAACCAUUGUACAUUCCCUACCGCAGCCGACAGAGCAUUGGAGCUAUUGCUCUGUGGUUAGAAGCGUUUGACUUCCAACUAACAGGUCGCGCGAUCGAGCACAGGUGUCCCGCACUUUGGAGUUGGGUAUGACUGGCUGACGACGGCUAAUAAACCAGAAAUGUUUAUUUCGAUCUCCUCAGCCUUUGUCAGUAAUAUCAUUCCUCCUAUAUUUAAAUUCAGUAAUGUCCCAGAUAGCCAAACAGCAGACACUAGGACUAAUUUCCAAAUUAUUACAACGAUAUUUUAUAUGGGCAUCAGCUACUCACCAGUCUCAUGAACUGCAACAGAUCCAUAGAUUAGAAUUCGGCCUUUCCACUUUAUCUGCAUACCCUAUCCAGAAAAGUUUGCUUGAGGCUUCAAAUGCGCCGAAGUACAUCUACUUCUGCCCGCCCCAAUCAACGCGAAGGUUGUGUCUAUGUAAAGUAGUCGUUAGGGGAUUGCGCAAUAAGGGUUGAGCACGGGUGUUUCUACAUUAAAUUCCAGGGGAAUUUGGACUAAUUUUAGGAUUUAAAUUGGGGACGGGUAUAGAAGCCCCAUGGUAUGGACUGCAGAGUCACCCGUAGUAAAUGAGGUUCCCUAUUUCUGUGCACCUCCGCGAUUACUGUUGAUGUCUGGAGAGAUUUUGCCUGCGAAUAAAUAUAGGACAAGCGAUAAGACAAUUGUUGACAGAAGCGAGCAUACGAGUUCCAGGUAGCAGUUCAGAAGACGAAGAUGCGAUCAGUGGAAGAAAAAAUUUAUUGGCCCGACGUUUCGAAUUCUCACACGAACCCAUCAUCAGAGACAAUCGUAGAUAAGGGCAAUGGUGGCACAAGUAGUGCAGUACUUAUAGCACGUGGCUGCCGUGGGACCACAUGCCCACUGUAAUUAACAGCUCUCGCGAUCACCGCUGGGGUCGUAAUUGAAGCGAUGGUGGCUUGUCAGUCCGCGUCCGAGUCACUAAUUGCCAUGAUUUCGUCAUCCGUUUGAGUGUUGCUGUGACGAUUGCUCGGCAAAUUGACUCACUGUCACUAAGAUUAUUGCUCGCCUGCGCCCUGCCCACGUGAGUGAUUCCUCUGCCCAGGGAAAAUCUGAGCACAGAAUACGGUGACGGUAGGUUAUUGCGCUUAUUGAUGAAUUGUAAGCCUGAGAACCAUGACUCGAGCAGCUCGCGGCUCACGCGGUUGUCACCGCUUGCGAGGAUUUCGGCAUCUUAAAACUUGAAAAUACGACCUGGUCCCGUCGAAUGAGCCGCCACCUGAGAGCUAUCGUCUCCCCGCCUUACUGCUGCUGUGCGCUCGGUAAUUCGCGUCCGAUAAAGUCAGAUAAAAGGAAGAAGAAAUCUGUUGUUUUAUUAUCAAAGACGUUCUUGAUUCUAGCACCAAAGUUAUCGUUAGUGCUCAACGUUUAUCAGAGGAGGAAUCCUUUUAUUCAAAAAAGUUGCAUCAUAAACAAGCAAAAUAUUAGUAGUUUUUGACGAAAGACGAUAAUUAGUAGGCGGAGAAUCUAAGUUAAUUUUUUUGUAAAAAUAAUUAAAGAGUCGCAUGUCAUUGCUAUGCAGCUGAGGAGCCUUUAGCGUUUUUUGGAAGCAGUAACGCAGGCCAAACGAAAAACUUCAAAGACGUUUUUAUUCAGAAACUUCUGCAUCAUGCACUAUUUUCCCUAUGUGAAGGAAAAUUGAGAUAUACCCACAUUUUUUUGAAAUCCACAAAUAAUUCUACAAAAACCCUGCGGCGUUUGACGACGCCUUUUAUUCAAAUCCUUCCAGGCGUUUUUUAAAAAAAGGAUUUUACGUAGGCGCCAUCGAACUAGACAAGAAAAUUUGAAAUGGUUGCUACCACCCCCUGAACCAAUGCCAUCUGCCAAUGUAAAAUAACAUGUUAAUUAAAAUAAUCUUCUUUUUCAGCAUCAGAAGCAGAUUGUUAGUCACUGACAACUUAAAUCAAUUAGUAGCCAUCUUAACUUACUGUUCCACAUCCUAUCAGCUGCAAUCUGGAAUAUUCGGAGUCAGCUGUGAAUGAACGUACUUAAUCUAUUCUGAUGGGAAAACAAAAUACGGAUUGCCUCGUACUGUCAUUCUGAGGUUUACGCAGACUGCCUUGCCGUAACGAUCGAGGCGUGCUACUGGGAAGGGAAAGAAAAUGGGUAGGGACGGUUUCUUACAUAUUUAUUGUUGUCGGUUAGUUAUAACUCGAUCGCAAGCCAAGCAGAGUUUGGAGCAGAGCUGUGAUUAUUCGCUGAGGUAGACACUGUGACGGAAUUCAGAGGAGAAGCAAGACGCGUUCAUGUUCCUCGACCUUAAUGCAAUGAAGGACCUGACUCACGAAAUGUUCCUAAACGUUAAAAACACCCAUCCUAAUUCACCGGCUCGAAUCUGUUGAAAGGAAAACCCAAUUUAAAAUAGGUAAACUGCAGUUAAUUCGCUUUCGUCAGUUUACUUAUUUUACUUUUUAAUCUAGCAGGUGUACACUGCGUUACCGAUUUCAUGAUAUUUUGGCCAAAAUUCUGCAAAGCGUUUUCCAUUAGGAGGGAUUACUUAGGUGGUAUUGCAAUACUGAUUAGUCUACGACGAAAUCCUAAUGUAUUUCCGUCUGGCCAGGAUGUCGGCUUUUGGAUGAAUUUCCUUUAGCUUUCCUGCGGGAACCACACUCGAUAAAAACUGACUACUUACUUAGCAUGGAUUUUUUUACACAGAUUUUCAAGUGUUUCCUACAAAAAUGUAUUUGUAUUUUUAAGCCAAUCGAAAAUCAAUUACAAAAAUGCAUGCGAAAUAAGUAGCCAAUUGUUAUUGCGUGUGAAUUCUGCAGGAAAGCAAAGGAAAAUGCAUCCAAAAUCCGACAUCCUGGCAAAUCCGAAAUAUCAUAGAAUUAUGUCGCACGAUAACCAGUAUAACAAUCCCACAUAAGUAAUCCCUCCGAAUCAGGAGCACAUUUCAGAGUUUCAGCCAGCAUUUCGUGAGAUAGGCCACUCACUGUACAUGAACAUAUCAAUAUUAAAAUGCCUCCUCUACGCCUAAUGUGGUUCUCAUUGCAUUUUUUAAUUGAGUAUAACCUGAAAAGUGGGCCAUACGAAGACACUUUGUCCUGCACUCAGAGGCUGAAUCGGCCAUAUGAUGGUGGCCCCUUCGUAUUUACUUCUAGAAUUUUCAAUGUUCGGGGGCCUCACCGAUCGUUCUUACGGAACUCACUCAUUCCUUUGUGCUUUACGGGCUCUCACUCGAGCCCAACCAGCAGCCGCACAGCGACGCCUUAUAUAGACAGAAUGGUAUUACCGACAAAGACAAGGGAGACUCCCUUGUCUUUGUCGGUAAUACCAUUCUGUCUAGAUUUUUUAUCCAUGCUCAGAAAUUACAAGUGUAGAAAAGGGGCGAUUUCACUUGGUUUUGCCGCCGUUUUUGUGAAAGGACGUUGCGUAGUAUUCAAAAAUCGGAAUUUUUUAAGGAAUAAGUUGACAUUAUCUGUGAUUGUAUUCGGGUUAUUAUAAGAACUUUAAAAUUUAAUGUAGAGCUGCGAAUGAUCGCUCCCUUAGAUGCCUGGCAUUUAGCUUUGUGUCUUUUGCUGGAAUAAAGAGCAACUUCACGAUGAUUAGUAGAAUAGGUAACUGACGUGAAGAAAAGUAUGUAAGAUUCCGGUGUAAAUUAUGCAACGUUCGGAUUGACCAAGGCAAAUUACGUUGACUAUCCUCAUCGUAUGGCGCUUGUUUGGUCUCCUACGGUAGCAGUCUCGUCCAGUUUGGUUUUUAGUGAACGUUUCUUAUGAAACAUUUAUUUGCAGGUGCAUUUCACCAGAUGAAAACGCAAAAACUGUCCAAAUGUGGGUAUUUUACCAAAGGUAGUACACGCUUUCAUCAAGACAAAUAUGGACGCAACUCAUUACAGUGGUUUAUGCAAUAUGUCAACACUCGUGUAAAAAGACAAAUAUUUAUGACUUUUUUUAGAUUAGCACAUUAUUUACUUUCGGUAUUUAAACUGUUUAAUAGAAAAGAUAUCUUAAGCUUUUCUGCAGUAUGGCGUGCAGCCAUUGACGUUUAAAUCUCGACCUUUACAUACGUUCAUCCAUAGCAGGUAAAAUGUCAACGUGCUCCUUAUUCUAAGACGACAUGUUAUUUGAGAAGUGAUCGAACAUCUCAGACUACCACCCAGUUUCCUAACUUAGAGUAGUGUGGCCAAAGAUCUGAAAUGUGGGUUCAAUCAGGACUGUAAUAUUAAUCAUCAUGCAAUAUAAUCCAGCCAGUCUGCUGGCUUUUGUAUGCCUUCCUUUAAGGCCAUUUGCAACAAUUUCAGUCAGAAAAAAUGAAAAAUUAAGCAGUGUCAUUUUUACAGUGCUUUUUGAUGCCAAUAAAAAUUUAAAUAUACGCUGUAAACAACAGGCAAAAUAUGCUUCCCUGUACUUAUUUGAUAGAAAGUCACAACUUCUUCAGGCCUCAUACUCAGAGAAGUUACAGUUUGAUCUAAUAAGGGCUUUGAUAAUGGAGUAUUUUAAGACUAUCAAAUGUUCAUCACAAUAGCAUCGCUUUUGUCCUUGUAUAAAUGUUCCCAGCAAAGUCGAAACCACUGUCGAUAUCCAUUGCGAAACGUUACGACACUCAUGCAGUAUCCUCUUAAAGGCAUAGUCCGAUACUUGAUUUUUCCUGAAUGAAAGGAUUGCAACUUGUAUUCUAGAAAUGCUAAACGGAAGCGCUUCGGUUGAUUGCAAUUAUUCGAGAGUUUGAAACUUUCAAAACUGAAAACUAACUCUUUUCUGAGUGCAAAACUUAAAAAAGACGUAAUUUGCCACCAAAUGGGCGCAAAGAGGAUAUUUUUGCCUUUUUCUAUAAAGCGUAUCUUAAUUUAUAGGGAUAUCUAAAAUCAGCGGAAAAAAUCAGAAUAAGUUAGCUGAUUAUUUCUGCAGACGAUCGUAGAGCGAUACAUUAAAAAGUCGGCAUCCUGGCGUGGCUGCAAAAAGUCAACUCUACAAUGCCACCUAAGUAAUCCCUUCCAAUCUAAAACAUACAAUAACCUCAGUUAAUAUUUCAUAAGAUACGCCACCCACUGAGAAUCCCAAGACUACUUACUUAAACCAAAGUGGACAUCAGAUACAAGGUUUUUUGAACCGUUUUGGGGAUUAGUAAUUAGCAAUAAACUGGUCAUAUGAACAAUAGAAAAGCUUAAACGCUUUAAGCUUAAUGUAAAAAUAAGGCUCACAGAGCCUAGUUCUGAAAAUUGCACAUAAUGAUGGCCGUCUUCAGCUCUAAGUACACAUUUCAUUGAGGAUCACCAAGGAUUUGUCGUCUAUGAUCAAACUGAUGGUUCAAUUUCUUGUUUUCUAGCUUGUAAUGUCAUUAAAAAAUUUUGCACACCCAAACGCAAAAACCAAAUACGAUAGUAACAACUUUAUCAAGCUAAGGAAGCUUUUGUAACUUCAUUUCGGUAGUCUAAACCUGCUUUCAGCAGAGUCAGAUUAAACUUCUUUCGACAUUCACAGACAAUUGGCUUAUUUUAAUCCUGUGCAGGCCAGAAUCUCGGAUAUGGGUUCGUGAACUACGUAAACGCGAAGGACGCUGAAAAGGCAAUCGCAACUCUAAAUGGUCUUCGUCUGCAAAACAAAACAAUAAAGGUAAGCUCUCCCUCUAGUCAUGUUUUUAAUUGUUUUUUACUGAUCUAAUAUAGGACAACAACACCUGAGCACUUUUCUCUUGGCGAAAUUAGACCUCUCACGUUUCCUAAGAGGGAUUAUCGUGCAGGUCCCGCAGAAAAAGUGGGAUAGACCCGUUUAUAUACUCGUCUUUCCUUCAAAUUAGCCCAACUGGAGAGUUUUUGAGGGCAAUACGAGCAAACGAGGAUUGUGGAGCACAUUUCGUCUGAUUAGAUUACCAAUUAUGCUUGAGGAUAAAACUCGUUAGCGAGGGGGCUUGCACAGUGCGUAAACAACUUUGAAAACUCUGUAACUACCUGGUGUGUGUGUGUGUGUGUGACAUGAGUGUUAGUCUGAAUAGCGUUUAUAUAUACCUCGGAAAUUUAUUGCUUUCGAGAAUAGUUGGCCUUCGAUCUUUUAAGUAUGGAAAAUUUCAUAACUAUGACGUUGGGAUAUCACUCCAGGGACUGCCCUCGUUAAUCCUGGGGUUUCACAGUUCUGAUUGUAAACUAAUUGUAUUUGUGCACUGUUUGCGAAAACAAUGGUGACCCUACUGUCAUAAAAACCCCCAAUUACGGGGAUUAGAACCUCGAGCAGCACAAAACACGCCCCUAAGUUUGGUAUGUCCUUAUAAAAGGCAGUGAGCAGUCUUGCAUGAUUUUGUUUUUGUUUUUAGUCGUCCUCCGCUCGGUCGUCAUAAGGCCGGCAGUUAUAUCGCUAGACAGUCAUCUGGUCACUUUGUUUAGGGUUGGUGUACUUGGCAUGGCGUAGUAGUCCGAGUGGUUCUGGAAGUUGUCGACUUCUGUAGGUGCCUUUGAAGUGGCAAAUGUUACUUUAAAGGUUGUCGGAUAUAGUGGUAACAAACAGCAGGUCGACACAGACAAAGGCCAAAUUGGGACAACAACCGUUCCCGCCUUAUUUAUGCUCUCUUCACUUAGGGUUGCGCCAGAAAUACCCCUAUGCGCACAUGUCUAGAUAUUUGCGGCAUGAUAGGCCGUUUUCCGUUUGUCGUGCCAAUAGCCUAUUUGAGACCUGUUUGAUCUUGGAGGGCGAAAAGGACUGCAUCGUCUAUUCUUUUUGAGAACAAACAUUUUGGCCAAAGUCGUGCGGUUAAAAGGUUUGAUAGCUGCAGCGUUAUUCAAUACAUCCGUAGGGUCUCUACUGAAGAGGAGAUAUGCAAGAUUAACGUCUACGUCUCUGUUGAUUGGCUGCGGAUCUGGUUACUUUUUUACAACAAUACCGGCCGGGUCGGGCUUUAGCAGAUCGCGCUGUGCCAAGUUUAUGGUGUCCCACCAUUGUCGGCUGCUUUUUGAGUGUAUUCUCGUUGUGCAGUCCACAUUUUGCCAUGCUUGCCUACGACACUCUCAAGACAUCUUACUAGUUGAGGGUCACUUUCUUGCUGUCGAUAAUUAUAAUCUAAGAUAUUUUGUCGUGUGAACGGUAAACUGACUACAUCACGCCCAACUCUUUCGGGAGGAAGACGGCAUGAUCGUUGGAAGCAGAGCUUUAGUAGUUUUAUGUUUCGGACCUACAUUAAAAUCUAUCAUUCUAGAUAAAAUCAGACGAGGAUAGUGUUUUUCACAAAGGUUACACUAUUAAUAGGGUGCAGUUACUAUGCCACUACAUACCUUCCAAAACUGGCGGCUUCCGUUUCCAUCGCACGCGGUGCGAUAACUGGCUGAUUGUUCGCAGCUGAGUCGUUAAUUACCGAAAUCUCAUCACUUUCUUGGGUUCGUUGGUAAUUUUGAUUACAUAAAAUAAAGCUAGAAACAGCGAUCAGCUGUGCCUUCUCCACGUGGUUGAUUACUUUGUAAAGACAAAAUCUCAGCACAAAAUAUGGGGAUGGAAGGCCGCUGCGUUUGUUAAUUGACAUAAGGUCAACAAACCGUGACUUGGGCAGCUGGCGACUCACGCGCUCGUCACCUCUCGCGAUAGUUUCGGUCUUUUUGAAUUUGAAUGUGUGGCCGGGUGCAGCCGAAUAGGCCACGAUUUGUGAGCUGGUGUUAGUCCUCCUGACCGUUACUGCGCGCUCAGCGGCUUGCGUCCGGGGUAGUCUUACACAGUUCCUCCGACAUAGUUAUUUUACUCACAACUGCACCGGCCUCCGUAAACACCCCCCAGACGUGUCCGGCGUGGCAGCUGUCCUCUCGAAUCCGAGGUUUGACGCCUAAAACCUCUGUGCAACACACCACUCAGUUAGUUUAUUUAUCGAUGUGGUGCCGGCGUACAGAGCCCUGCGUGGUCCCCUUCAGUCUUACGCCAUCAAACGAUGAUGUUGCUUGUUCUGUUGCUGUUACCAUCUUUGACGGCGAGCUCCUGCAUAAGUUCGAAAGCUCAGAACAAUAAAAAAAUGUUCCGGUGCUCGACCACAAUUUUUCUUCGCUUAUGCCUAUCAGCCUUAUCUGAUUAUGGAUUCGGGUGCGUGUCAGAAACAACAGGCGAAUAAAGUUCUUGUUUAAAUGAUCCUGUCUGGUUUUUCUGGUUGCUCUCCAAGACCCGUCCCUUCACUUCUAUCGGCAACUCACUUAUUUUCCUAUGGGUGCAAAGAGAAACCAAGCUAGAGAUCCCAAUCCUCGACUUUGCACAACAAAUAAACUAGGAGAUAAGUUCAUUUGCGCGCAUUUAGGGAUUCUAGCCUCCCUUCUACGACAGUCUGGCCAAAACAAGUUCCUGAAGUGUACGGGUACGCUCUUUCAUGUUCGUUAGUCGGCAAAAGUGAAAAAUUUCAUUGCAGGAGCUAAACUUAAUAGAGCAUUAAUACAUGUAGGGCUCCCGUUGGAGUUUUGCAUCAAAUUAAACUUCGACUUCAAUUUUUUGAAUGCCAAAAGCGUCAUUCAGGAAGAAUAACUUUUAAGUUUAACAUUCAAUAACAGUGUGACUAAAGGUCCAAUUCCUGCGUAAUGCUCUCGAAACACCUAUACAAUAAUGCCAGUGUCCUGACAAUGUAUGUGUUCUUAUGAAGACGCCCUGACGCAAUUAGGGAAAAACACUGACUGACGAAGAACGCAUCUCGCAUUUUCUUUCGCAGAAUUUCUAAGUUUUGGAGCUUUCCUUAGGUUUUUAUUUUCUUUUUUAUACGCUUUAUAAUACAACUCUCGCACUCGAGUCCACUGUGCAAAGGGAAUUGCGCCUUUUUAUCGUAGAGCUUUUUGACUCGUUGUUUAGGUAGAAAGUUUGUUCCCCAGAGUUGCGAUGCCAUCGGAAGAUGUCGUUUGCAUCACAUGUGUCUCCGCCCAUGCUGAAGAGACCCGAGUAUUGUGAUCUGCGGAUCCUUGGCUGACGCUUAAACUUCAAUUUGCGAAAGAAUUUUGAACGAGCAAUGAAGAAGAUCAGAGCAGUUUGUUUAUUUUUCCGAGGCCUUAAACUCGUGCAAAAGGCAGCAACAACUGAGUAAGCAACAGUUGGGCCGGUAGCCAAUCAGCGACCAGUGACACGAGCCUGAUAUUGACUGCGCAGAUUUCUUCACGUCCGCGCCAGAUCGAUACAUUGAUUGACUGAGUUCUCAUCAGACGCCCAGGCUCCAAUCACUUUUUCUGCGUGAAUUGCAUUCGGUCGGGGCGACUGUCUUGGCGACGGCGAAGUUGAACUCAUGGUUUGCUUUGGAGUUGCGGACAGAGACUUGCGAUAAUUCGUCACGCUGUUGCACAGCCAGCUUGUGAGUUCGGAUAUGUGCGACGGGAGUAUGCGUUCAGCCCGAACUCCAGCAAGCGUUCGAAAUUUCGGAACACAUUUCCCCGUUGUUCGACCAGUCUUCAUUUUCUUUACACAUGCAUAAACCUGGAAUUCCAGCAUUCACUUCCAUUCGGGAAGUUUUAACUGCUGGCAUCGAGCAACUAUCGAAUAAUGUUUGCUGCACUCAGCGAAUAGUUUUCACUGAACCGCAAGCAUGUCGAAGUGAGCACUUCUGGUUUAUCUGAUGAGCUUAAAUAGUUUAAAAUCCCUUAACAAGGGUAGACGGACCGAGCAAGUUUGGAAUUAUGCCCACCAGUCUGAUAUUUCCAUAUUUAUCGAAAGAACAUUUAUAUGCUGAGGGCAGUCUAACACAUACUGCUAUUUCGUCCAAAAGCCGUCGCUGUUUUGAUGCCAUAAAACGCUUUCACUAAUUUACUUUGAAAUGACAACGGUUGCACACUGUUCGAAAGCUUUUCCUCUCUCCACGAGCCCGCUCACACUAAUAUAAGCGAAGAGGCGAGUUCCAGAAAACAGUUCAGAAAAAGAAAAUGCGAUCACUGGAACAAGAAGUUUGUUGGCCUGAAUUUUCGGAUUCUCACUCUAGUCCACCAUCAGAGUCAGUCGCAGACAAGAAUAGAGAAAGCGCAAAGGCUGCAGUAUCUAUAGUACGUAGCUGCCGUGAUGCCACAUGCGUACUUUAAGUAACAGCCCUCGUGAUCACCGCUGGGGGUCGUAAUUGAUGCGAUGAUGACUCGUCAGUCCGCGUCCGUGCCAAUGACUGUCGCAAUUUCACUAUCCGUGUUGGAUGUUAACGUGAUGAUGGCUCGCAAUUGGGUCCGCUGUCAUUGGGAUUGUUGCUCGCACGCGGACUGACUCAGUCUUGUGAGAUGUACGCUGUCCAACCUCCGUUGUGUGAAAUCCUAGUGCUUGCGUUUGGGAGGGGGGGCAGGUCGUGCAUGUGGCAUGAGCCGACAAGGUCAAUAGAUACGUCAGCCGCCGCGCCCAUUCCCUUUACCUGUCAACUGACCGGCUCGGACAGUGACUGGGGUCUGGGAAUGGAAAGGGAUAGUGAGGUUGACAACUCAGCGCAUUCUCCUCGCCAUAAACAAUCACGGUGCGUUAAAAGUCCUGCCUUGGAAGGUUACGUACUGACGGGAUAACUUGGAACUCUCACUCGGCCCUGCGUUAUAUGUUUGUGUGUAGCGGCCGACUGGUGGUCUAAGAGUAAGGCUGCAGUAGCUCCUUCGUAAUGUGACCCUAAUGGCACUUCCCCUCCGUGCGAUCCAAGCCAAAGUGUAAUGGCACGCCUGGGUGCGGCUCCGGUCGCGCCAACUCCAUCUGCUCUAGUUUGUAAAACUCCUAGUCAUUUAUUGUGUAGACCAGGAGGUGUGGAGUGGAACGCCAAGGUGUGGGCUCAACCUGACAUCCACUUACGCCCUCUCCCGCCUCCGAUCUUCUUGAUCAUAUCUUGACACCGGGUGCAGGUGGGGGAGGAGAAGAGAGUGCGGUAGAUGCUGUGCAAGUCUACUCUCACUAGAAACUAAAUCACACGCCACUUACCGUCCUGCCCUUACCUUGCUGUGGAGCACACGGUAGACACCGCCAGAAACUACGGUCGAACAAGUGUUUUUGUUCCCAGCUGAUAGUCAGCGUUGUGAACUGCUGAAUGAUAGGUCAGAAUCAGCUCUCUAUCCUACCACCCACAUCUUCUAUUAUUCAACUUCUCUGCUCAAAUUGCCUGUUUUUGACCAAUACGGAUAGAUCAGUGAAUAAGGCUGCAUUUGGACAAGCGACCUUAAUGACGACGUUCAGUUAGCGAAUAACAACCUUACCCAAAGUAGUCUACAAUAUAGGAUCCGACCUCAUAUUCUGCCUGCUUUUUAGAGAAAAUUAAUAAUUUUGGCAAUUCUGGUGAGGAAAGAGUCUUACCUGGGGCAGUUGGGGGAGAAGGGGGGGGGCAGGCACUCCCAUCCAUUCCACUUCCGUUUUGCAUAUUGUGCUCCACCAGAGGAACGACAUAAAGAUGAACCGGUUUCGCGUGCCUUUAUUCCACACCAUUGCUUUUGUCUUCUGCCUCAGUUCAAUGAAAACAAUAGCGCCUGUCUGCCAAUCCUGCUAUGAGCUGAAACGAGCGAUUUGAUCUAAAAAAAUGAUGAGAUAACAUUGCACAGUACUCCUGCCUGCCGUUUCUGUGUUUUGCGGCUAACUAUAUGCAUGGGAGAUCUGUUCUCUAUGUUAUGAUCGUCACCGCAAAUUCAGGUUUUAGGCACAAACCAGUAACUUGACUUUGACAUGCCAGAACUACAGCUCAAAUAACAAACUUAAAAAAAAAACAAACUUUGUAGUGAGGUUUUUGGAUCGAAAGAAAACUGGAUAACGUUAUUGCGUUCAGGUUAUCGUGGCCUGGUUUUCCAUGAACCUGCAUUAUUUUGAUAAAAGAACCAGUUUCACUAUAGCAAAAUAAUCUAUUCAGUUUCGAUGGCUCUUUCGACUAGAUAAUUGUCAUUUCCGUUUACUAAGCUCGGAAGAUUGGUACUUAGGUUUGAUUGGCCUGGAAGAGACUCAGGACAGUUGGUCUUCACCACUAACAUCAAUAAGUGUCGAAACUCGUGAAUUUCUGACCAAAAUUACUAACCUGCUUUGCAAAGGAAAACAGGACCUAGGUGUGCUUGUGAGGCUAUUUAUCUAGUACACAAGUUAGAAUCCAUGUUACGCUUUCAUGGUGGAUUUGCUUUCUAUUCAUAUAAACUAUAUUCAACCGGAACUCCCUUAGUUAGAAGUUUUUGUUACUGAAUAUCGAUACCAACGUUGGCUGUGUCUUGAUUAAUACAGUGCGUGACCUAUCUCAUGAAAUGUUGGCUGAAAUUCUGAAAUGCGUUUUCGAUUAGUAAGAAUUACUUGGUCGCGGUUGUUAUACUGAUUAUCUUAAGGCAUACUCUUAUAACACUUUUGAUUCGGCAAGAUGUCGGCUUUUAAAUGCACUUCUUUUUAAUCUCCUGUAGAAAGCGUGCUCGGUAAAAAAUGACUACUUAAGUAGCACGCAUUUUUCCCAUUGAUUUUCGAUGGUCUUGGAAAUUCAAAUAUAUUUUAUAGAAACCAGAAACAAAAAUAUGUUUUCUUUUAGUCAAUCAAUAGAGAAUCACGUCUUCUUUAUAUUUUAUACUUAAGGAAGGUGUUUAAUUAGGUUUUAAAAAAGUUUCCUAAUUGUCGAAUAAUUUGAAGCCUGAUCAUUUGUUACAUUAGCACUUAGUGAUUACACUCUACAAGGUGCAUGCAUUCCGCGUAAAGAAAAUCACAUAUUUGUCUAUGGCAUUAAAGAGAUAUCAUACAGGGUCCAUAAAAUUUUGCAAUGGAUGCGGACCAUGUUAUACAUUUCAUGAGGAGCGGUGGUAAAUGGCCAGGUACGAUGCUAUGUGAAUGAACAUUUCGCGGUCAUAAGAAGUCUCAUAAUUAGAAACUUUUUUAAAACCUACUUAUACUCCUUUCUUAAGUAUAAAAUAUAAAGAAGACGUGAUUCUCUAUUGAUUGACUAAAAGAAAAAAUAUUUUUGUUUAUGGUUUCUAUAAAAUAUAUUUGAAUUUCCAAGACCACCGAAGAUCAAUGGGAAAAAUGCAUGCCACAUAAGUAGUCCUUUUUUGCCGAGCACUCUUUCUACAGGAGAUUGAAAAGAAGUGCAUUUAAAAGCCGACAUCCUGCCGAGUCAAAAAUGUUAUAAGAGUAUGCCUUAAGAUAAUCAGUGUCACAACCGCGACCAAGUAAACCUUCCUAAUCGAAAACGCAUUUCAGAAUUUCAGCCAACAUUUCAUGAGAUAGGUCACUCACUGUAAUAGAGUUUCAGCUAAGAACGCAUACAUUCCUUCUAGCCAUUAUGCUCUUAAUUACAUCUUAAAAUAUUUCAAUGUGUUGUCACUUCGUGUAAUCUUUUAGUCUUUUAGUGAAAAUACUGAGUCCACGAUAAGUUUUUUUAUACUUGUCAGCUUUUUGGGAAUUGGACAACCUUUUUCAGGCAUAUCUGAGGGAGAUGCAGUCUUCCAUUGCAUAAUUAAGCAAAAGCAAUUUACAUGUCAUGCAUACAUCAUAUGACUAAAUUUAUACAGGCCUCGAAAAAACAAUCCACCAGGUUAUUGAUCCGUCCUGCGGUGUACUUUGGUCGUGCGGUCACAGUGCUACACAGAUUGAAGCCGUCAAGCUAUUUUGAAUAAAUAUACAUAGAAUUGUGUCCUUAUCUCAUCAGUUAUUUAAUCAGUUGACUUCUGCAUUAGAGGCUGUAUCGAAGAGUGUCCGGUAGUUGCUAUGAUAUUUUGCCCAUGCUCUAUUUAUGCGUCAAGAUAUUUAUAUUAUAAAACAGUUGGGCUUAUAAUGCGUGCUGUCUUUCAGUUUCAUAACAAGACUUUUUUACCUCUCAAAAUGUAUGCAAUGUUCAUAGUGAUCUAAAGCCACGCCAGAGUGAUUUGAGUCACGAUUAUCAAAUCCGUCCCUUCGAUAUAUCAAAGACUUCCGUCUACGUUUUAGGAAGAAGUGUAUGUUGCCCAUAAUGGCAUUAAUGGCCACUAAGAUUUUUAAAUUGGGUUUAUAUCAUGGGCUUAUUUAGGUUUUUGGCCUUUGUAAUACCGUUCUUUACAAUGAUCACGGAGAACUGAACGCAGCUUCAUCCACCUUUGAAGUUCAUGCGGCACAUAAGCAAGAUCUAAGAGCAAAGGCGCAGGUUGGUAGAGUCUCCCCGAAAAAAACAUUGCGAGCAGCUCCACCGGCAACUAGCUUGGCAUUAGGACAGCCAUUUCUGAUCCGUUUAUUGUCAGCAGUUGAGAAUAUCGCAGACUAGGUUGAGUAUGUCUACGAAAUUCAAACCGCAUGUCGUUUGGUCAUACAGGCAGACACCAACCAUUUAACUAGGCAUUUGCAUCAUUUCAACCAAGAUCAUCAAUAGAUACCCAUGCGGAUGCGUAGUGAGCUGAUAAGACAGCAAUGGAAAAUUCCACUUCUUCCAUCUCAGUGGCUACAGCCCAUACAUAUUCCCACGAAUUUCUGCUCAUCCGAUAAGUUAGAUCCGUGCACUCCGUCGCUCACAUUUAAAUAAUUUUAUUUCGACUUUAAACCACCUGUCAGUUUUUCAGACAGGUGCAUUUAUUGCAUAAGAAAAUGGACAAUAGUAAAUGCGCACUUCGAAGAAUAAUUUGUCGUUCCGUCGGCUGGCACUUAUAGUGUGUGACCGAUCUCAUGAAAUAUUGACGGAAAUUCUGAAAUGCGUUUUCGAUUAGGAAGGAUUAUUUAAGCGCGGUUGCAAAACUAAUUUUCCUGCGGCAUAAUUCUAUAAUAUUGUGGACUCGGCAGGACGUCAGUUUCUGAAUUCACUGCUUUUAAAUCCCCCGUAGAAACCAUAUUUGGCAAUAAAUGACUACUUAAGUAGCAUGCACUUUUCAUAUUGAUUUUCGAUGGUCAUGCAAAUUCAAGUAUAUUUUAUAGAAACCACAAACAAAAAUAUGCUUUCCUUCAGUCGUUUGAUAGAAAAUCACGUCGUCUUUAUAAUUUUUGUUCGAAGAAGGGGUAUAAUUAUGUUUUGAAAAAGUUUUCAAUUAUGAGAUUUUUCAAGACCGUGCAAUGUUUGUUCAUACAGCAUCGCACUUGUCUGUUUACCACUGCUCCUCAUGAAAUUUAGAACACGGUCCGCAUCCAUCGCAAAAUUUUAUGAGCUCUACGUGAUAUCUUUUAAAAGGAAUAGAAGAAUCUGUUAGUUUCCUUACGGGGAACACAUGUACCAUGUCGACUGAAAUAACUAAGCACUAAUACAACGGCUGGUAAGGCUGCAAAUUAUUCGGGAAUUAUAAAACUUUUUUAAAACCUAAUUAUACUCCGUUUUCGGGUAUAAAAUAUAAAGACUAUGCGAUUCUCUAUCAAACGGCUGAAAGAAAGGAUAUUUGUUUCGGAGUUUUUACAAAAUAUAUUCGAAUUUUCAAGACUAUCAAAGAUGAUUGUGAGAAAUGCAUGCUACUGAGGUAGUCAUUUUUUUACCGAUUGCAGUUUCUACAUAACAUAAAAAUACGGAGUAUUCAAAAGCUGACAUCCUGUUCAAUCCGAAAUACAUUGGGACCAUGUCCCAUGCUAAUGCGUGUUUCAAUCCUACCUAAUUAAACCUUCCUGAUCGAAAACGCAUUUCAGAAUUUCAGCAAACAUUUAAUGAGAUCGGUCACUCACUGUAAUUUAAAAACGGUGGGGUGAAGAAGCCCACUUAACUGUUGGCUGAGUGUGGAUCGUGCCGGAUGAGAUUUAGCCUUAGCAUCCAUUUGCCGGCCGUUGCAGACAUUACACCACCAACAUCGACUACUUCCCAUGAAUUCAAGCCAUUACUCAAACUCCGUCAUCUUCUGCAGUUUGAGUGGCCGAUUUCAUAAAACGUUGGCUGAAGGAACGAGUACUUGAGCGCAGGUGCAUAACUGAUUUUCUUGCGGCAUAAUUCUAUAAUAUUUCGGACUUGGCAGGACGUUAGCUUUUGAAUACACUGCUUUUAAAUCUCCCGUAGAAACCGUAUUCGGUAGGAAAUGGCUACUAGAGUAGCGUGCAUUUUUUGCAAUGAUUUUCGAUGGUCCUGCAAAUUCCAAUAUAAUUUUUAGAAACCACAAACAAAAUAUGUUUUUUUCAGGCGUUUGAUGGAGAAUCAUGUCGUUUUUAUAUUUUAUGCUCGACGAAGGGGUAAAAUAAGGUUUUGAAAAAGUUUCUAAUUAUGAGAAUUUUCAAGACCGUGCAAUGCCUAUUUAUACAGCAUCGUACCUGUCUGCCUUUCACUGCAUCCAUUGCAAAAUUUUAUGGGUCCUAUAUAGCAUCUUUUUAAAGACAUAGAAGAACAUUUGAUUUUCUUUACGGCGAAAACAUGCACCUUGAACACUGAACUCACUAAGCGCCAAUGCAAUGGCUGAUCAGGUUUCAGAUUAUUCGGGAAUUUAAAAAGUUUUUAAAACCUAAUUAUACUUAUUUUUCGAGUAUAAAAUAUAAAAAGAUGUGGUUCUCUAUCAGCCGACUGAAAGAAACCACAUUUUUGUUUGUGGUCUCCAUAAAAUAUAUUUUGAUUUUGAAGACCAUCAAAAAUCAUUGUAAAAAAUGCAUGAUACAUAAGUGGUCAUUUUUUACCGAGUAAGGCUUCUCAAGAAGAUUAAAAUGCAAAGUAUUCAAAAGCUGAAACCCUGGCAAGUCCGAAAUCUUUGAGGAUUGUGUCCCAUGAUAAUGAAUAUUUCAACCCUACCUUAGUUACCCUUCUUAAUCGAAAACACGUUUCAGAAUUUCAGCCAACACUUCAUGAGAUCGGUCACUCACGCACCCGUUUCCCUUAUCAUACGAAAACUUAUGAUAUGACUUUCGUCAGAAAUACCUACAAAUAAUAUCUGUUGUUUCUUUCAUUUCGUCAGCCUACUGUUUGGUAUGCUGCCUCACUCGUAAAACCCUCAUCGCCACCAUACCCGUAUGGCACGAACCACAGUCUACUGACAAUAAAAUGAGGUCCCUCACCCCAGCUUUGCCUUAAUUUUUUCCCUUUUGUAAGCAUCAUGUAAAAAUAGGCAACUUAGGGGCAUUAAAAUGACAGGGACUGAUAUCUGACAGAAAACCUUUUUUGUUUUCAUCGCCUGGUUUAAAUCUGAUCAUUCUCAUUCUUCUAGGCAGCUGCGAGACCCAUAUUCACACAUUCGACUUCCCUAAAAGUCUGUGAUAUGAGGUUAUUGGACUCUUUUGUUAGGCAGAUUACUAGAAGGCAUUAUGGAGGCGCGCGAACGUUUUCCUUCGAGGAUGUUGAACCCUUGAGAGAAUUUGCAUACAUGGUUCGCAACAGAAGUAUGCAUAUGGGCAUUUUUGAGGGAGGCCAGCUCGCGUCUGGUACGCAUAGGCGGGCUGCCUAGCCACUGUGCCCUUUCUCUGUUUCGUCGCACGACGCAGGUGAGUUACGAAAGGUAGAGUGCGGUGGAUGCAGCGCAAGUCCGCUGUCCUAAUCGCUGCAUCUCCGUCUAGCUUGCUAUAGGGCACACGGUGUUCAUCGUAGGAAACGAUGGUUAAACUGCUAAAGAAGGCCAGAAAAGCCGUCAUCUUAACAAUUCUCACAAUAAACCUGGGUGGGGGAAGGGGAGCGAACCAUAAUAUUUGUCCGAAGAUGUAAUGCACCGCCGACAAUUCUAGAUAUUAUCAAAUGCCUGAUGAAGAUAUAUACCCGAUCACUCGCGAACUCAUUGAUUGGGCACUCACUUUGUAAAUUGUACUGGGUCUAAAUACACAUCUGUAAAUCGGGUUAAACUAGAACUCGCGCCUGCAUAUUUGCCACGAUUUUUUGAUAUUUCAGCUCCAUGACACCACACUGUCUUUUUCAGCAGUAUCUAGGAGGCCCUGCAAACUUCCUCACUGUUUGUAUAUUUCAUCUGGCGCAUGCAUUGAAUUAUUAGAUCGCACAUAAGUGUUGAUUCUUCACCCCGCAUUUGGCUGUAGACCGGCCGAAAUGCCUGCGAUACUGUCCACUAAUGGGGGAUUCCAUUUUCGUGAGUGUUGCGCAGUCAUGCCAGCAGAAUUUUAUAGUGCAGGAGAUUUGGGGUUGGACUGAGGUGUCCACUUUAAACUGUACAAUGGGUCAGGCAUCAGUGAUCAGAUAAAACGCUGGCAUUGGUGUCUACCAGUAGUUGGGACGUGCACGCAACUCUUUCCAGCAUUCGUUGGGGGGUGCUCUCUGGGUUGACCGCUUCAGCGCGCAUGCGCGUCUGUACGGCGGCGUUGGCGGCGAUUGCUGGCCCCUGCAUUCGGUAUCUUUGAUCUUGGAUAUCCCACUCUGGCCACCAUCGCCAUCACCACCACCACCACCGCCGCCGCCUCCGACCUCAGCAGCAUCGGUGCAGUGAGUAGCACGAUCAGUAGAUCGGCGUUCUGCCCCUGGGCAGGAGAGCAGAAGCGAUCGGUGGGUGGGGGGGGGGGAAGCCGAGUGAGAGUCGAGCCAACUUAACCAUCAUGGACUGCAGCGAUGGCGAAUGUUUGACAUUUACUCCUUUUGUAUAUGUCACUGCCCCUCUGCUCGAGAGUUGGACCCCUUCGAAGUCCCAGAAUUGGAACUAUUGCAUGCAGCUCAGAAGCAUGUGUCUUUAUCGCCCCGAGAGGGCCGCCUUUCGCCAGACUGCUCUGUCCCAUGGAAGUGGACUAAUAUCAUCGUCGAUGCUAUCUUUAUGCUAAAUGAUGGCAUAUCCGAUGCCGUGGCUGCAAUUAUUUCCUCCCUCAUUUUGAGAUGACAUUUUGCAAAAGAAGAGCUUAAAGGCGAAGAAUCGGUCAUUUAUGCAUUACUGUGGCAUGACGGUUCGUAAGCGAUUAGCACAUCAAGGGUUUUAGCUGAUGACGCCAUCGCUGGGAAAGGAAGUUUAUCGGUCCGACGUUCCGGAUUUUCUCUCGAAUCCAUCGUCAGAGACAGUUGCAGAAAAUGAUGAUUGAGACACAAGAAGUGCAGCAUUGUCGGGCCAGUUGUCACGCGACUACAUACCUACUACAGUUAUUAGCCUUCGCUCUUAUCGCCGCGGGUCAUGUAUGUAGAAUGAUGAUUUGGUAGUCCGCAUCCGUGUUGUUGGUUGUCGCAAUUUCACCGUCAUUGUUGAUGUUCGGCGUGAUACUGACACGGCAAUUUGGCUCACAGUCACUGUAACUGUUGGCUGCCCGCGCCGUCCCGUGUGGCUAGUUACUCUGUUCACGAAAACUCGCAGCACAUAAUAUGGGGACGGGACCGAUUGGAACCGAUUGCGGGCAGGAGAAACAUCGCCCAAGCGACUCGCGACUCACACGGUUGUCAUCUCUUCCAAGAAGUUGAGCACCAUCAAACUUGAAGGUAUGGAUGCAUCGGUUAAGUAUGGCACCUGCGUCACUUUUGCGUCCAUCACCCUUGUCUGUGACUGUCUCUGAUGAUGGUUUCGAGUGAGAUUCCGAAACGUCCGGCUGAUUAACUCCUUGAUCCACUUUUUGCCUAUUCUUCCUCUGAAUAGCCCUCUGGAGUUCGCCUCUACAAAUCUAUCUGCAGUUAAAGGCUUACUGGCCUUAUCUAGCCAGCCAUACCCCAAAGCAGGAUGGUUAUGACGUGAGGUUCAAACAAGUCUGUCAUUGGGCUGAAUAUUUUGCAAUUUGGGUCACUGCCUCACACUGCCGUAGUGGUGCGGUAUGAUGCAACACCAACAGCAUUAACGGCCGGUCUGUUAGUAUUUGUGAACAACAAUUGCUUGCUAAUCGACAUCAUACGAGAAUGCGGGGACCAAACAGACAGACCAAAUUGCAUUCUAUACUGUAACCGUUACCUGCUUUUCCAACUUCAUAUACUGGGUCAGUUUACCAGAACGAUCAUGUGCUCCAUGUGUACUCAUCCGCGACAAGGUAAUGCCAUGCAAGGACUGUAAAUCAAUGAGGAAUGGGCGCACACCGUUCUAUUGGCUUCACGAAACAAACAAGCUGCGUAUGUGUGGCAAAGGUCACGAACAGGCAACCAAUUACCAGGCCGAAGUCGGCCAAGUCAUAAUUGCAGCAGGAAGGGACGACAGAGAUCAACUGCGCCAGGUGCGUCUGUGCGCAUGUUUGUGUUUCUGGUACCAGCUGCUGGUGGUCAGGGUUAUGACUGGCUGAAUGAAGGCACAAUAAGACCGAAACAGUACUGUAUUAAUCUACCCACAUACUCUGUCGUCACACCUCGCUGCUAUUAUGACUUCGGCCUGGUAAUUGGUUGCCUGUUCGUGACCUUUGCCACACAUACGGAGCUUGGUUGCUUCGUGAGGCCAAUAGAUCGGUGUACGCCCAUUCCUGAUUGAUAUAUAUAUGUGAAAAAAGGAGAGGUUUUUCAGAAAUAUCGAGUUGCAUAAGUUGUACAGCUCGAUGUUCCCGAGGAAUAUAUUCCUUUUUUCAUCAAGUCGACCCGGAAGGCACAAGACUUCUGAUCUACAUAUACUAGAAGGCUUCUCAUUGUUUUGGCUAUGUUUGCGCCAACUCUGCACAACAGCCGAAGGAAAGAGACAAGCAUGAACGGUAGAAGAAAAAGACAGUGAAGAGUUAGACGUAAAGUGUGCAUGCUGCUCAGGUAGGUUCGUACGUCGGGUCUUAGGUUUCUCGGUGUUCUACGCCCUUGCAGCUCAUGGGACUUCACAUAAAAAUUCUUGUUAGCACAAAAAAAACAAAGUCUGCUGAAGCCGCAUUUAAUAAAUUGCUAUUUACGACAAAAGCAGAAGAAGGAGGUGCGAUCGCUAGACAAAAGACUUUAAUUCGUCAAACGUUUCGGAUUCUCAGCCGAGUCCAUCAUCAGAGACAUACGUAGAUAGUGAUGAUGGACACACAUGGGACGCGGCAUAUUAUAGAAUGUUUUUAUUUUAUGACAACAUGCCUAUCCUCAUCAACAGCCCCGCAUUCGUCACGGGGGGCACUAUUUGGUGCGUAACUAUUUACUCGCUCUCAUUCAAGCAAAGGGGACCAGAAGGACGUCCAUUCUAAAGCCAGCAUCUUGGACUGGGACCAUGCUCCAUGCCAACAAAUCAAACAACCUAUCCUAAGGGGUCCUUUCGUACUGAAAGCGUAUUUUAGACUUUCAGUUAGUGUUCCGUGAUUAAGGCCACAAGCUGCACAGCAGCGAUUGGUUGGCGCUGGAUUUCUGAACUGACCUACUCGACAGAGGUGGGUCGUAAGUGAAAAUGACUCUCCGUGAAAGUGCCUCAUAGCCUUUUACCAUAUGCAGUCAGUUCCAUUAGGUGAUUAAAAUUCCUUCCCCCUCAGCUCUGACAGCUUCCUCAUUGGGUCAAAAUUUGUCACUUGACAUGGGACUUCUGUUUGCAAGCAUCUUCUUAAUAAUUUUAUUUAACUCAAGGUUUCCAUGGCGCGACCCAGCUCGGAGUCCAUCAAAGGAGCCAAUUUGUACAUUUCCGGUCUACCAAAGUGGCUUACGCAACAGGAUCUGGAAGAACUCUUCACGUCCUGUGGCCGAAUAAUCACGUCCCGCAUUCUCUAUGACAAUAACACUGGUAGGUGCAGCCAAUUACUGUUUCCAUUUUGCUAAUCAUCUAAAGAACUCUGGACAGAGUAAUCAGUUCGCUGGGGAAAGCCCAGCCGCCUUCUUUUUUACGUGACGCUUAGGGUCUGAAAUUAUUGCUGAAUUAUCAUGUGGUAGAAUGUGGAUGUUCGGAGGUUUGGCAGACAAAAGAGCAGCUGAAUUCCACUCCAACGUAAUUAGGUCGUUUCAUUUAUAUACAUGGGCUUCUGCCACACCCAUGUAUUUGCAUUGCCAAUGCAAAUUCAAAUCUGAGCCUGAUUUCUUAUUGGUUCUGUGCGUGAAAAUGGGUAAGAUGUAUCACGAUUUAGACGGCAGUGUGUGUCCACCUCGUGAUCUAGCUCAUGAAAUGUGUUGAAAUAUACGAAUGAUUGUUCAUCAGCCUCAGUUCGACAACAAUGCGUGAACCCAGUAUCUAUAUUAAUAAAUAACUUAAAGGGGAUUUAAAAAAUAAAAUAAGUAUUAAAGGCAAUUGCACGUUAUUUAGGGAUGCCGAAGCAUUUUUUGGAAUGGCGGAAAGUCCUGAAAAUAUCAAAAAUAGUUGUAAAUUAGUAAGCUUCGAAUUUAUAUAUAUGUAAAAUCUGUCCAGGAAAAACGCUAAGUAAACACAAAUGCGCAAAUAAAAUAACCUCUGUAGGUAAUCUUUUAGGGAAGUCUACACUUAAAUAUCUUUUGCGAGUUAGUGCAAUUUCAGGUCUGUUGGUUUGAAAACAGUCUUUAUUACGAGUAUAGAUUCACCAACGGUUUCUAGAGCGUUCGUUAUGUCUUUUAUGCUGCAAUACGAUUUACUAAGUCAAACAGGUUUUGGCUUGAUCUCAUCGAUAGGAAGGUUAUGGGAUAUAUGUGGCCAGGAAUGUCAGUAAAAAAGAAGUUUAAAUAAAACUAACAGACGAAAUCUUUGGCAUAGAGUUUUGUGUAUAUAUCAAGGAUUGUUCUUCCUUGAAAUUAAUUUGCCCAUUUUGUUUUUUGGUCUACGCUGAGUUUUAGAUCCGCCUGUAAAUAUCGCCUAAUACGUUCUAAUUUUCCUAUUUUCCAGUCAAUUGCCCAUAAUGACAGAUUCUAUAUAAUGUGCUUGUUAAAACCCUAAAAAUAAAAUACGCGUUGGAGGCAUUUACCGAAGUAAUGAGUAUUUAGGCAUCCGUUGUCAUGUAAAAGUUUCUUUUGGCCAAAAUUGAAGGCUCACCCAAACAAAAGACCUCAGAGUUGACUAAAAUGGACUUCCACAACAAAAGUCAGCAAUGAUUACAAUUCCGAUCAAUUAGAAAAACCCUUUAAUAAGUCACUGUUUAAAGAGUGCUUUAGUACUAUAUUUCGUCGACGGAUGUCUAUGUACUAAACAUUUUCACAUGGCGACGUCAAGUAAAACUUUGACUCUUCUAGCUGCUUCGUUUUAGGUUGCUAAUAUAUUAAUAUUUUUCUGCCGCAAACGUAAAAUAUGCUCUCUUUUUUAUGUUGAAUGCGGAGCAGAGUGGCCACAUAAAUACCAAUAUUUUGCUGAACCUGUCAACGUAUCGCCCUUUCAUUCCUAAAUUGCGUAUAUGCAGAGUAGACUGCAUGAAAAGAAAGGUUUCAUAUGUUCAAAUCUGAAGAUGACUUUUGAUGAUAGUCACUCUGAAGUAAAAACAUAGACGUUUGCAAACGGCAAGACAACUUCAGUUUUUCUAACCAAAAAGUUGCUUUUGUGCCUUAUUGCCUCACUUUCUGGCGUUCAAUCGCACCAAUAUGCUAAUCCGACUUUUAUGAAUCGAUAAAACGCCUGGUUCUUUAAAAAUAACCCGUGUGCUAGUAAACUGAUUCCAACGGUUAGCAUCGGUCAAAAAUCAAUUUUCAAGUUCGGAGAGUUAUGUUAUAUAGAACCCUCGGGGGUAAAUUACUCUCCUCUCAAAGGAAAACAUGCUCCGAUGCGCAACCGAAGUCUAGAACAAGUAUUAGUAUGAGAGAAUCCCCAACCGUACCACAACGUCUAUUUUCACCGAAAUUUACGAACAUGUUGCCUGAUAAAAUUACAUGGACGCAUCUUCUGUACAGAAGAAGGACAGUCUUUAAAUGGACUGGACGAGCAAGCAAAAUGUGCCACGCUAAAGAUUUCCGAAAAUCCUCAUAUCGGUUUUUGUAACCAGGCUUCAUGAAUUCGGUCACAAACUGCAGCGAGAGUCAUAUCUUGUGUUAUUCGUUACCCAUCGGGUGAUUUAAUCGUUUUUUUUUAGAGAUUUAAAUUGCGCCCACUAGUAGACUGGAGUCUUUCAUUUAAGUUGGGCAUGCAUCUAGCCAUUUGUUAUACAUACGGCUUUGAUGGAUUAAACGCAAUUCCCAAAAAGAACAAUAAUUAUGCCGGUAAAGCGGCCUUCAUUGUUCGUCAAAUGCACACGCAUACCCACUGUACGCUUCUUUAGAACACUGGCUAUUGUAUAUAAGUCCAGAAUACGUUUUAAUUCUGGAUAUCUCUGCGAAUGCCAAAAUAAAUGCAAAUAAAAUAUGAGACGGUCCAAAAUUCUGAAAAGAUCUUUUCUUACCCAAGCAGACGGACAUUAUGACGACAAACAAAAUGCAACUCGAAAAGUUAACAAUGCUUCCCUUUUUUAUCGUGGCUUAUCUAUUAAGUGUAGAGUGCGUGACCGAUCUCAUGAAAUGUUGGCCAAAAUUCUGGAAUGCGUUUCUGAUUGGGAAGGAUUACUUAAAUGGGGUUGUUAAAUUGAUUAUCAUGCAGCAUAAUCCCAUAACCUUUUGGAAUCGUCAGGAUGUCUGUUUUUGGAUGCUUUUCUUUUUGACCUCCCGCUGAAACUACACUGGGUAAAGAAUGACUACUUAAUUAGCAUGCAUUUUUCCUAUUGAUUUUCGAUGGUCUUAUAAAUCCAAAUAUAUUUUACAGAAAAGAUCACAUUGUCUUCAUAUUUAAUGCCCGAAAAAUGUAUAUAUUUUGGCUUUACAAAGUUUAUAACUGUGAUAUUUUUGAGACCAUGCCAUGUCCAUGCAUGCAAGACUGCUCAUGUUCGUUUACUAAUGCUCCUCAUGAAAUGUACAACACAGUCGGGAUCCAUUGUUAAAUUUCAUGACCUCGAUGUAAUAUCUUCUUAAAGGCAUAUAGGAAUAUAUGAUUUCUUUGCGCGGAAAGCAUGCACCUUGUAGACUGAAAUUGCAAAACGCUGAUGCAAUGGAAGAUCAGGCUGAAAAUUAUUCGGAAAUUUGGAAACUUUUUGAAAACCUACAUACACACUUUCCUCGGACGUAAAAUGUGAAGAUAAUGUGAUUUGUUAUCAAGGGAGUAAAAGAAAGCAUAUACUCUCCAUCCAAUAUAUUUGAAUUUAUUAGACCAUCAAAAAUCAAUAAGAAAACUGCAUGCUACUCAAGUAGUCAUUUUUACCGAGUGUAGUUUCUGCGAGAGGUCAAAAAGAAGAGCAUUCAAAAGCUGACAUCCUGGCGAGUCCGAUAGGUUAUGGGAUUAUGCUGCAUGAUAAUCAAUCUAACAACCCCACCUAAGUAAUCCCUCCUAAUCUGAAACGCAUUCUAGAAUUUUGGCCGACAUUUCGUGAGAUCGGUCACGCACUGUAGGUAUUCUUGAGCAAUGUCGACACAUUCACCGAUUAAUUCGUCUCGAUAAAUUCUCUACCGAGGAGGAACGUGGAAUAAGGGCCGUUCAGGACUCAGUUGCACGGUCCCAGUCGUUUUCAAAAGGAGCAAUAAUUAUGCCGGCCAACUAGCUUUCAUUUUUCGGCGAAUGUGCGCGCGUACCGACUAUAAGCUUUUUGGAAACAGCGGUUAGAGCAAACAUGUCCUUGGUAUAGGCUCUAACCUAAGAUGCAUUUGUUGACCCCAAAAGUGAUCUGCAAAUACGCAUAAGGUCCUAAAAACUAUGCCGGACAAGCAUUAGAUAACGGGUCAUUAAUCGGCACUUUCUGCAAGGUUUGUCCACGUACAAGCGCUUGAUGUUUAAAGUACGACCCUUAAAGUACCUUCUAUCGUACCCAUGAGAAGAAAAUCAUACUUUAAUUCCUGCUUGCAAUAGCAGCAUUUGCACAUAAGCGAAUGAUCUGUGAAACGGUUGAACGUGUCAAAAUAACCUCUUCUUACCCGGAGCAACAGAAAGUACGACGACCAGUAAAAUGAGACGCGUAAGAAAUUGUUGGCAUUGUACAACGUGUACAAUAUCAAACCGAUUUAAUGCUUGCUGAAAGCGUCUUUUAACGAUGCUAGUCAACGGUCAAUUGUCUCGCGUUGGCAACUAUUCAACGGUGCAACAACGCCCAGUUCUCGGGCAAGGAUUCUUUUGUAUCUAGCACACUUUAAGUUGCCUAGUCAUUUGUCCGGCGAAAACGUCAUUUGACUUCAAUAAUGACAGAAUAUUGUCUGGUAGUUGAGUUUUUUGAAACAGGUUUCAUAUGAGAUUAGGGCUAACGCAAGAUCUAUAACAAAAAAGGCCAGAUUUAGGCAAAAUCGAGUCGUCUGUUACACGUAGUAAGUUAUUGAUAUUUAAGGGUCAUGUAACUCACUAAAGUUUGUUCCGAACUUUGAAAACCUGCGAAAAGCAAUCCUCGAAGGUGAAGACAGUAAUGAAGGGGGAACAGAAGUAUAUGUGAUCAAGGCUGUAGGGUGGUACAUUAAGGUUGAAGUGUCAUCGACAUCCGGUGAAUUAACUCAUAGGCUUCCGAUUGGCCAAGCAAAAUCCUCUGGCAGUUCGUGUCUGGCCAAGGAAAUGUCGUCGACUCCUGAACUGGCACCUGGAAUGCGACCAGUACGCGUUGUUUCAAUCAUUGUAAAUGGUAGACUGCAGUUUCUAAAUUACCGUUAGUUUCUUACGACUCAUGUAGAAAUAUAUUUUGUUUACCUUACUCCAAUAAAAAAACUAAUUAUUUUACAUAAUAAAAAAGUAGAGUUCCUCAAGGACAAUCUGGAAUUAUAAUUACGAAGGACAUGUUAAAAUUUUCCAGUGGAGUUGUUCCACAUGCUUCCUUAAAGGAUUGAUCUACGACAGCACCCCGCUAACGGGAGCCACCCACUGUUGACGCGUUCAUACGCAGAACGGGGGGGUGGACUGGUUUCCCCACUAUCUGCUUCGACUUCGAGCUAGUGUCUGUCGUGUUGGUGAUUAUCAGCUUGUGAGUAUUCUGCUGCAUUAUUUGCGAUGUAUGGCGCUGUCUCCCUGCCUUCUGUAAAACAUUUUAAAAGCAAAUGUGUACGUGUUCCUCUUUAGUAUGAUCUCCAUGGCACUCCUAUUCAGGUGGGGCCGGGGUGCGGGGGUCCUCCUCGUUCUGUGGGAACCCCCCCCCCAUUUUGGGGGGGGGGGGCAGGUUGCCUGUGGCAUACAAAGUUUGACUGUUUAUCUUCGUCAGGCUCGAGCCCGGCUCCGUUCGUCUUGGCUCUGUCCUGCCAGCGUGUUCAGAUAACUGGGGUAGAAGACAGUGUGGAAGAUGAUGCGUUAGUCUGUCAUUUCUAUAAUCUAAUCCACGCGCAAGUCAGCGUCCUGUGAAGCCCACUGUUGACCUUGUAGUUCGCGACGGCCAAACUGUCCAAAUGUACCCACACAUUGACGCCCGUGCUUGAAAUUCACUUCACAAAUCUCACUUGUUUACAAAAUCUGAACUUUAAGUGCAGCAUGAAUCGAUGCUGGCUGUUUCAAACUGUAUUAGUUCGGUGUAUCUUAGAUUACUCAAAAAAGGCUUUCGAGGGAAUUUAAUUACUCAGAGGCGGGUGUGAUGCUUGUCGUUCUACUCGAAGAGUGAUAAACUACGACGGCAUUAAGAGACUUUUAAGCCAGUUAGACGGGUAUCGCAACUUCCAUGCACGGCACAUCCCAGCUCGCAUAGCGGUGAAUCUGGUAAACAGCAUAAAGUUUUGCAGCUACAUUUUGUCGAUCAGUUUAUUGUGUCUCGUGGACUUGUCAAAAACAAUGUUCCUCUGAGAAAUUUUACUGUCUUCAUUCUAAUCGGCAUAUUUUAAAACUGCCGCAUCAAAGAACGCGCUUAUUACUUAAAUGUUGUUAAAUGAAACAACUUAUUUUGUAUAAAAACAAGUUUUCCCGUAAACGCUAAACCAAGUUUAUCUUUCUGCUGGCCUAUGCUUUUUAAAUAUUUUACAUGAAACAAAAUCUUCCUUAAGCAAUUAAAAGCCACCCGCAUCAACAGUUUUCAAUCGGUGAAGCUCUUGCUGUGGGUGCAUACAAUGGACAAUUACGAAAGAAAAACUGCAUCUGUUAAUGUAAGCAAAUUCAUAAAACAUUAAUUAAAGCUUGCGCAAUUUCCAGUUAGGGCUUAAGAGAAUAGAGUUGAUAAGAUUUCUGUUUUAAAGCAAAGUGCAAACCUUUGAAUUCAGUCUCGCACGUGUGCAUGUCUGAGAGAGUAAAAAAUGUUGUCCUCAUUCAAUGGUUGCUUGCAUUUCGGAUUAAACUAUAUGCUGAAAGGCCUAUAGUCUCCGACAUCCUCUGUGCCCAUUGUAAGAAGGCCCAUAGUCACUUUUUCUUAUUUAUAAUCUCUCUCCAGGAAACGCUAUUUGCCCGCCCUCUUGGAGUCUUUUUUUAUAACGGAUACAUCACUACAACUUUGGAAUAAAUCCUAAUGGCUGUGCCGAACGCGAUGGGAUAUGCUACUUUGCCACGUCUAUGUACCUUAAAAAUUGUGUCGAAGUACCUCUAACAGCAUUUGAUUUUUAUAGAUAUCUUACCGAUCCGGUGGCGGUGGGAAAAGCAUACGUACUUUUCUUCCAUGGAGGUUAAAUCAAGAGAACUUCCAAGUGUUAACUGGCUAAAAGUAAUCGGCACUACAAAAGAGUCACCAAAAAAACAAAGGAAGCAAACAGUGUUUCUGGCUUUUCGUCUUCAUCGGCCAACCAUGAAGUGUCUCGUAGCAGAGGAGAGCACAAUUUUGAACCUCGAUAGGAUUUUUUAAUCCCCGUUUGAUUCAAUCACUGACUCCCGAUCUACUGGCCCGUAUUCUGUGAACGUCGACUUGCAAUACUUUAACCCAUUUGAAAGUUCAUUUCAUUUGCAUACCUUUCCAAACUUGAUCGUACAAAAUUUGGUGAAAUUCAUACGAGUGUAUUAGCUGUUUGCUUUAAAAAUCGCAUCCAUUCUGCUGCGAAAUAUAUGAAAAAGGGCAAAUACCUUGCUCCAAUGGCAAUACAAUGUCGGGACGAACGGAUGCGGACGUGAGGGGACUAUAGAGGGGGAUCACAUGUGCGUGGCCAAAAAUGGGCUUGCUCUGAGAAGUCUUCGGAAUGAUGAAAUAGUAAUCAGGCCUACGAAGAUAACUUCUAGCAACUGAAGACUUAAGUCAUAUUGACCUAAUUGUGAGAAACCCAGCGCCUCGGUGGCAGUCGAACCCACGACAGAAAGGGAAAGGCUUUAGUACACUUAACACUCUAGUCACCUGAGCUACGAGGCCUCUCCGGAGGACAUGCGUUUCAUCACAUUUUGGUCAAGUUGCUCGCCCAUUCUACUGCAACGUCUGACAUCUACCAAAUCUGAUACGGUAAAGCGAUUGCCCAAGCAGAAUUUCCUAAGUAAACCACCUAGAAUCUACCAGUUUACGUUAAAUAAUCGUCGGAAACUUCAGUAGAAAACUAGUGAUUGCUCUUAACACUUUCAGGUGUUAUGGGGUUUGUGGAGGUGAGCGAAUAUCAGAUCAACUCAAAAAACACGCGCAAUAAGUUCGUUCUGUCCAAUGACGGAAGGUAAAGAGCAGUGAGGGACGAUCUUUUUUGUACAGAGGGCAGGUUGCCGUGAGUUGUCAGCUUGCUUGUGGGUCGAAAAGACUUACAUUCAGGAGCCCGUGAGUGGAGUGUUAUUCACAGACGUCUGACAUGUAGUCACCAGCAUGAAUAAGUGAUUAUCUGAGUGGUGGUCACGUGGUCUGUUGUCACUUGGGCUGAGUCUGGGUCGAAUGUCCACAAGUGACGACAGUGGCAUGGUGAUAGACCGCAUCGGCCAACGCGUGCACUAGUGGAGUCUAGUCGUGGGCGACGGUGCGACUACCAUAAGCUUACCGUUCCUUCCUGAUUGGAGAAUUGAAUGCGGUCGACUCUCCUUCGCCACAUUCUUGUGACCUCUGAUCUUUCUUCAGACAGGGAUGCGCAGAACAGUCACAUUGAGGAGUAACUGCUGCAUCAACCUUCGCCUGCUAAGUAAACUUGGCAAUUGACGACGUCCCAGACCGCGAGACUUAGCAUGUCCUAACGGCUUUAAGCGCGUCUCUGACACGGGUCAGUUUACUACGGGAAAGAGGGAAGGAGGACCUUGGAGGGUCGAACGUUCCAUCUAAUGUGGUAAUAUUUUGCCUCAUUGAAUGUUUUUUAAAAAUUCCCUUAAGUUUAUGAUGAGUUUCUACAAAAAAACAGGAGAGAAUGAGAUGACCAUUGCUGGCUUACUGGUCAUCUUCAGGUUGUUGUGCGCCACCCCGAAAAUUUGAUGAGUUUAUUUCGACCUCGGACUCUUUGCUGCUUGCUAUGCGAGGAGUGCUCUAGGUUAAAAUGCAAGACAAAGUGGACUAAACACGUUCCAUGCUGCAACUAUACUGGCAAGAAAUCCCUCACAUCGCCUGUGGUCUAUGAAUAACGUCCGCAAACUUCUGUACUAAAGCUGUCAGUGCUUUCCACUUUUUUUCGGUCGAGUUGAACUUUUGCGAUUUGGAUCCAUUGAGGUGAAAAGAAAACUCGGCAUAGUUUCCGCAGAUGAUUCCCACGGGCGCAGAUACUUCUGAAUGGGUUGCAAAAAUGUGACAGACGAAUGUUUCGAUGUCGGAUUUCUGCAUGUCGUGACGAGGACACUGAACAUGAACAAGAACUGAACAAGCAACAAGGUUCCUCAAUGACUCGUUUCUUUAUCGUUGCUGUAAUUUCUAUCGUAAAUACUACUUUGGCAAAGCUUUGUUCACCUAAUGAUGUUUCUAAAAUCCUGAGAAUGCUGCGAUACGAUGCGUCUUUUAUUUUCCGAGGUGUUGUGUACCCACCUUGUGGUUGCGAAACAUAUUUGCCAUAGGAAAAUAAAGAAUAACAAUUUUGUUAAAACUUUUUGCAUGCAAUUUAUAUUUCAGACUAGAAUUCACCUCUUGCUACCACGAGUGUUUAAGCGCAAAAAUCGAUUUUUAAUUGUAUUCUACUCCAUUUCAUAUUGCUACACAAUUUAAACUAACCAUUUCCUUUUCGAAGUUAACAUUUUAAACAAUGCGGACCAAGUAUCAGGAGUUUUGGUGGAUACUAUUAUCCCCUUCAACUGUAAAACAUUUAGGGUAAGGUGAUACCAUACUAACAGCGUAGGUACUAGCCAAAAACCCAUACACGCGUGUUUCGCCGAUGUUUUGCCGCUGCAUGACGCAACUGCGAGGGGUUCGGCUCGUCAGCGGGUUCCCCAGCAUUCCCCGGGUGUUUUCUGGUAGAUAUUCCAAUUGAGAAAUUGUCGGGGAAUGCUGGAGGACCCACUGACGAGCCGAAACCCUCGCAGUUGCGCCAUGCAGCGGCAAACCAUCGGCGAAACACGCGUGUAUGGGCUUUUGGCUAGUGCCUGUGCUGUUAGUAUGAUGUCACCUUAAGCUAAAGUAUAAUAAUAGCUAACUAUCGGCAGUUAAUGAAUAUUACUUGGUUACCCGAUGUGACUGAUGGAUUUUGGCACAAAUUUUCAUGUAUAACAUUCUCGGUCUGUGCCUACAGACCUUGUAAAUACUGAUUUACUCCAACUUCGUAGAUAACUUCUGAAGAAAUAAAAAAGCGACAGUCUGUAAAACAUUUCUCAAAUCAGCCAAGAUUUAAGCCGAAGAACGCCUAAGAACACCUAGCAAACGUCAAAACUCCUAAAAUCAACCAAUUUUUCUUAUGUUCUUACUGAAUGAACAACCACUGCUGCAUUUCCUAGCCAAAUUGUAGAGGGAAUAUAUUCAGGUCCCUUUAUAAACGACAACAAGUUGGAAUUCCGAUCUAUAGUAUCUACAGGCGUCCAUGGGAAAUAUUUUCGGAAAAAACACUGCCAUUGUGUUGCAGAGUGUUCCUUUCUAAUUGUGCAUGUGCAGAUCAAAUAAAUCAUGCUUUUUAUUAUUAAUGCCUGUAGCCUUGUCGAGCUGGCCACUUUACGGAAAGGAGAGUUCUGAUCUUUGCAAGGUUGCAAGUACCCGUGCAUAUUGAGUUUUCUUUUUCAGAGCUAGCUGACCUUUUUUCCUAAGACAAGUUGCGCUUUCCUAAGAUCUUUAUAAAGCACUGUCAUAGUGCUCAUUAAAUGCUUAAAAAUAUACAGAUUAUUCUGCAGAUUUUGACGGCUACAUCAACAAGCUAUCAUAAUUGACUACGUUAAUAAAAAAUGAAGAUGUCGUUAAAAAUACAUACAAUUCUAAAAACAACAGAGAUCAAACUAUUUCCCCACCGGACGACUAACUCGGGAUUAACGUAGUUAUCUAUGCGAUAACUAUGUGGACAAGUGCACAACUUGUUCUUCUUUCUUAAUGUCAUAUGAUUUAUGAACGCGUCGAAAAUGAUCACGCACUAAUUAAACAGUAAUGCCUGAGUGUGCAAUUCGCAUAAGCAUCCCAUAAUUUUCUACCCCCUAAUUACAUCAUGUUAUCGUGCGGUGGGUGAUCUGAAUCCUAUUUUAAGUGGAUCAGUCUUGCACGUUCAUCUGGGCAGUAUUUUCACUUAAAAUAGUGUCAAAAAAUUCUCAGUAAAUUCACAAUGAGUUCUUUGCCUUAUGUGGGUUGUUGUAGGCAAGUGCACGUUACAUAAAUUUUAUCCAAAAUUGAGGGUAACAAUAAAUUUUACUCAUUUUCCGUGAACCCAUCUCGCAAGCUGCUUUAACUUCCGCUAUAAUUUGUAACUGGACUGGACUCGGAAAACGCUUUUUUUGGCCUUCCGAGCGGUGUGUAAAACAAGGAGCUUGUGUAGUAAUUGGCGGACAUUUGUUACCUCCCCGGGGCGUUUACCUAUCUUGCAGAGGUUCCAAAUGAAUGCGGAGAUAAAAUAUAUCAUUGUUACCCAGUGGGAACUAAAGAUUUUUUUGAAAAAUAUGUGCGUGCAAAUGGAUGAUUUUCUUAUGACCUCAAAAGAAGCUUUUUGUUAUUUGUUUAUGAUUCGUUUUGAAGGAGUUUAACUGAUAGGCCAACAUUUUAUUUGGAAGUCGACCAGUCGACUCAGUAGCUUUGAAAACUCUCCAAAAUCUUCAAAUCUCAGUUAUCUCAUGCCCUACAAAACGCAAGCCGACGCAACUCAGAGAAAACAGUCAUCCAUACAACUAUGUAAACAGAUACAGAACAGUGAGGGGCCGAUCUCAGAAAAUGUGUUCUAAAUUUUGAAAUGCGUUCUCAUUCAGAAAGGAUUACUUAGGUGGUAUUGUAAUGUCGAUUAUCAUGCGGCAUAAUCUUAUAGUAUACAGGACUUGCCAGGAUGCUGACUUCUGAAAUAACUCCUUUUUUGAUGUCCUUCAGAAACUGCGCUCGAUAAUAAAUGCAUACUCAAUAAGCAUGCAUUUUCCUCGUUGGUUUCCGAUGGUCUUAUAACUUCAAAUGUAUUUUAUAGAAAUAUGUGCGUGCAUAUGAUCAAUGAUCCCGGGUGCUGUAAAAAUGGAUGAUUUUAAUAUGACCUUAAAAAAGUUUUUAUUAUCGACCUAUGAUUCAUUCAGAAGGGCUUAACUUCUAGAAUGUUUGUCGCCAUGCUCCAUUUGGGUGUCGACCGAUCGACUUCGUAGUCUCGAAACCUCUCUGAAAUUUUAAAAUAUCGGUAGUUCCAUGCCUGUUUUGCAAGUCUUAAUGUACUCAGAGAGAAAGAGUAUCCGUGCAUGUCUGUCAACAGGUGCAGAUAUCGUGAGGCACCGAUCUCACGAAAUGUUGCCAAAGUUUUGAAAUACGUUUUCGAUUUGGAACAUAUGAUUUCCCUUACGCGGAAAGCAUGCACCUUGUAGACUGAAGUCGCGAAGCCAUAUUGCAACGGCUGAUCUCACUCAAAAUUAUUCGGGAAUUGCGAACUUUUUUCAAAACCUUAACAUACAUUUUUUUCGGUAUAACAUGUGAAGGCAACGGCAUUAUCUACCAAACGAGUAAAAGAAAGCAUAAUGUUGUACAUAUUUUGUAUAAAAUAUACUUAAAUGUGUACAAUCAUCGAAAAUCAAUGUAAAAAACGCAUGCUAGUUAAGCGGUCACUUAUAACAAAGUGCAGUUUCCGCAGGUCGAAUGGAAGUGCAUUCAAAAGUCAACACCCAGGCAAGUCCGAAAUAUUAUAAAAUAAUGCCGCAUGAUAAUUAGUAUUAUAACCUCACCUAAGUGACCGUUUCUAAUCGAAAACACAUUUCAAAUUUUGGCAACAUUUCGUGAGAUCGGGCGCUUGCUGUACGUGCGUAGGGCAGACAUGGGAUCAACCCAACCGGCCCUCAGUUUUGGCGGACACUGCCAUUUGCCAAAAAGGUUCAAAGAGUUCUUAGCCACCUUCUCACACUAAUUGCAUUUGAAAUUGUGCACAGAACAGAAAAAAACAGUCAGGCACUGGGUUAUUGAGUCGAAAGGUUCACUGUCAUGCCAGGAAACUUCUGUAGUCGUUCAUCCAAUCAAAUGCAGUUGUGGGCCAAGAAAAUUUGUCGGAAGGGCUGGAUGACUAGUCUGAACGCGGGUGUCCGGGCACGCAACCCGGUGAGGGGGAAUGACGCCAAUUUCCAGGUGGUGCUUCACCUGACAAGACUUCCACCACUCUAUCAAUUUUAACAUGGUCAAAAUUCUCACAAAAGCUGACUGUCGCGCAAGCUGCGAUCUGCUUGAGUAGAGGUUUUCCGACCCGCAGCCUAUAAAAACUAACUGAAAACACUGGUAGAGAGGAUGAACGAAUGGCAGUUCUGGGGAUAUUGCUAAAAAAGAAAAUUCCUGAGUAAUCAUCACACCAAAAGUCAACAGCGACGAUGACCUCAAGGCAGUUAACAACAACUAAGCAGUUAAUGUGCUUAAAUAUGAUUAUGGGAGCUGCUUAUAGGGAUAAAUAUUUGGUCGCAUGACAAUGGCAUUCUUUGACUACUAAGUCCUAUGUGCCACUAGCACCAUUAUCUACGACUGUAUCUGAUGAUGGAAUCGGGUAAGAAUCCGAAAGGUCAGGCAAAUAAAAGCACUCACACGGCGAUCGUGCCUCCUCCUUCUAGGUGUACCAAGACUGAUGAUUUUCCACUACAGCAGACGUUGGGCGUGAAUGCUUAAAAACACUCAUAUAUUUGAAUAUGCAUAGCAUCUUUUGUGGUACGCUUUGAACAGGCAUAGAAUCCAAUAAACUUAUGACCCCACCCGCGAACCUACCUCAGCUGAAUGAACAUUUUAAGCCCCAUCCUCCAGGUCCUUUUCUUUCAUGGCUCAAUGCUAACCUCUUUCCUUCGCAUGUAGAGCAGAGCUUUCGCAAAAAUCUCAGCCCAGAUUAUGAGAAGUAUUUGUUUAUGCAUGCUUAAGCAUACAUAUGUGCAUGUCUACAUAUACACAUAAUCAUAUGUGGCCUACAUCAUGGAGAUCUGACGGCGUUUGACCCCAUAUCUGAGGCCAAAAACAGAGUUUGCACUCGUUUUCCCUUUAAACCUUUACGUCUCGUAAAAUCUUGUAUUUAACAAUUUUUUGGCAGACUCUGGUUGAUUUAUUUUGACCUUACUGUGAAAAACCCAUGUACACCAGUGGAAUUCGAACGCGGGUCAGCAAAGAGAAGGCGGGAGUACAGUUAAGCCUCUGACCACUCGAAUUACGAGGCCUUGCCAAAGACCGUCAGUUUGAUCAUAUCUCGAGCUAGUUGCUCAUGCAGCCUAUAGCAGCGCACGGAAUCCACUAAAUCGGAUAAAUUAAGCUGACUGUCUACGCAAGAUUUUCUAAGUAAUCAAUUUUAAAUCCAAAAGAUGACCACCAGGCUUGCGUAAUUGGUAAGUGUUUUGGCAGAUUAUGAGCCUGGUUGUAAUCUGGCGGGUUCUAGAUUGAUUUCUUAAAAAAUCGUCCUUGGACAGGCAGCUUAAUACAUGAGAUUUGGAAGAUUCCAUACGUUCCAGUAGGCUGGGCGGGCACCUAGGCCGUGAUAAAAUCUUCAACACUCAAUGACCCCGUACAGGUUGCAGGAAGUUUGCUUUUCAGUACCCAUCUGAGAUUACUAAAAUUUAAGCUUGACCCUUUUCUGCUCCAUCCACUUUAAGCAUCUGUCUGCCCUCUACGUUUAAAAGAAACUGUCAGACAACCCCUCCGCCCCUGCAUCGUUUUGCAUUUAGGUCUGUCCAGGGGAGUCGGUUUCAUUCGAUUCGAUAAACGCAGCGAGGCGGAGCAUGCAAUACGAGAACUGAAUGGCGUAAUUCCGGACAACUUCACAGAACCGAUAACUGUGAAGCUGGCCAGCUCGCCCACCUCCCUGUCCGCUGCCAGCACAGGCGCUGGCAGUGGAGCGGGAGGGAACGGUCUCAUCGCGGCCCACCCGCAGAGCCUCCUGCUAUCUGUUGACGGUCCCCUCGGUGGGGCUCCCGGUCUUCCAAACUCGUCGGCGUUUGCAGCUGCCGCCGCUGCUGCCGCUGCUGCGGCUGCUGCCGCCAAUAGUCCGGAAAAGUCCCAGCAGGCUGCCCUGAUGGCCCUAAUGCAGCAGGUAGGACAGUCGCCUUUUUAUAGAUGUUCGCGUAUAUUACUUAUAUCAUGCUACCUGUACGUGGAAAUCACAUUUUAAAGUGUCUGUAGCACUUAAGGUUGAGAACCGUCACAUUUUCAUACCACCAGAGGUGCCGUUUAAACGGUGCCUAUUGCCGCUGAUCGUGUAGCACGGUAAACGCCACAAAAGGUAGAGGUCACUUAGCCCCUAUACACUUUUCGGCCUGUCUAUGUUCAUUCUCUCAUUUGUAGACGUCAUAUAAUGGCUUUGUUGUCACUGAAAAUAAUUAGUGUAGACUGAUGCACCGCACGUCGCCAAAUCCACUACGCAGAGCUGACAUGCGCGUCGAGCACGGUUGAAAUAUGAAUCAGCGGGCGAGAUUGAAUAAACCAAGUCCAACAGGAGCAGCAAUCGUAGGGCUCUAAUGAUGGGAAUGAGGAAGUUUCCGAAACGUCAGUAUAGAUUCAGUUUUUCCCAUGCACUAGCCCUCUUUUCGUCUUCGUUUUCUUCGGAAGAUGAUAGAGGAAACGGAUAUAUAUAUAUAUAUAUCAAUCAGGAAUGGGCGCACACCGAUCUAUUGGCUUCACGAAGCAAGCAAGCUCCGUAUGGGUGGCAAAGGUCACGAACAGGCAACCAUUUACCAGGCCGAAGUCGACCAAGUCCUAAUAGCAGCGAGGAGGGACGACAGAAAAUGCGGGUAGAUUGAUACAGUACUGUUUAAGGCUUAUUGUAUGUAUAUAUAAUGUGGUAGAUGGAAGCUUCACCGAUCUGGUGCUGUCACCAACUUGAAAAGUCACAGGUAAAACUCGAUUUUUGGAAGAGCCUCCCCUUUUAAUUAUAUCAUCUUGGAAUGCACGUUUCGCCAACUAUUCAACAUAUAUACAUAUGCGGACGAUGGCCAUCAACUUUCAGAGGCCGCCCCCGACGAGAGACGGACAGAUGGAUAGCAGUCGCCCUCCCUCCCGCUCUGCUCCGUCGACUACAGGGACGAUCCCAGUGCGUAUGCGGGCAAUUAGCUUCAAAGCCGAUUAG